UCAUCUUUCACAGCGGUAGAAUAUCUGAGCACACACUGCAUGCAUAUCCCAAACCCAAAUGGAUAAGGUGGUGCAGAUACAGUUAGGAAAAAGCAUUCCCUAAAAAAAGAAAAAAAAGGAAAAAAGAUCCUUUUGAUGGAAGUCUGCACAGCUGUGAGAUAAUUGCCCUAAUUAGAAAGGCAUGUCAGAUUUUGCCCCAGUCUGUAGCUACUGUGUGAACAUCAGAAAUGGCCUAGCUUGAGUUAUUUUAGAGACACUCUGGGAUUUUUAUAGAUGUCUUCACUACACAGAUACAUUGUGAGAAUCUUUUAAGUCUCAUACUGUCAUUUCACAUGGUUAAUAGAGUGCCUAAAGCAAAGACCCGAGUAUAAAGGGAGAUCUGUCAGCCAAGAGUCAUCGCAAUUUAAGUAUUCUGAGUUUUGUGGUCAACACACAGUUUGUGAUUUUUUUUCUCCCUACUGUAAAGUACAUUAGAAUAGCGGUCAGAAAAUCCUUACUGUGAUUUGAAUCAAAUAUAAUGUUUGCCUGCCUCCCUGACUGUGUUUUUCCUUACUGCAUUUAUUUCUCCCUGUCUCUCCCUCUGUCCUGUAUCUCAGAUCCUUGGAUUUUGUUCUGCACAAGGCUUCUGUCAUUUCUUCUUGCCACAGUCAUAAAAUACUUGUCAGGGCUUUGUAAAUGAAAUGAUUUAUGUAUAUACUAUAAAUAUGAAUGAUAUGAAUAUGAACUGCUAAUGUGAGUGUACAAAUAAUGGUAUCUCAUGCAUAAUCUGUACAUAAAUAAAAGCCUUUGAUUGCUUGGCAAUUCAAUUUAUUGCCCAGUAAUUUGAUUGAUGUAUUAAUUAAUUGACUCCUUUAUUGAUCAAUCCGUUUUUUGAUUGGUCCAUUUAUUGGGUUAUUCAUUAUUUUGCAAGAUUCAUGACAAUUAAGGGUAACUGCUUCAUUGAACAGGCUCCCUCAAUAACAGCCGCAUAGUGCCCGUCUGUCAGCUGUGCAAAACUCAUAACCGUAGUUACUCUUAAUGCACUAAAUGCAUUAAAAUAAAAAAAACUAACUUCCUGCUCAGUAUGUGCUAACAGGGAAAUUAGCUACUCAGACCAAAACAAUUUUUCUGAACAAGACUUUGAACAUGUUUUGUGAAGGUGCUGUUUUGAAAGUGUUUGUGGUUUCUGGUGCUUUUGCAGGCACCUGAGGAAAAGCAGUUUUUAGCAACAACCACAAUGGCUUUGUUUUUAAAGGCUCCUCAUUUCAUACUGGCCAUACUUCAGGCCUCCUCAUUUCCUGUUUUUAAAUCCCUUUUAAAAACGCACUUUUACUCAUUGGCUUUUAGUACAUUGUAGUGUUAAUUUGUUUUUUAUCAUCUUAGCACCUGCCGUGAGCCUCCUUAUUUAUACACUUAUUUAUUCUUUUGCAUUACUGUAUUUCUGCUUUAUCUUGUUCUUUGAUUGUUUUAUUUGUUUUUAUGUGUCACUGUACAGCACUUUGGCUACCCUUGUGGUUCUUUUAAAUGUGCUAUAGAAAUAAGGUUGAUUGAUUGAUUGAUUGAUUGAUUGAUUGAUUGAUUGAUUGAUUGAUUGAUUGAUUGAUUGAUUAAAGACCUAAGAUUGCACAGUCUUAUGUAAAUCAAGCAAGUUACAGAGGUAUGGUUAGACUUCCUUUCAACAGGCAGAAACCUGAAGCAGAUUCAGACUCAUGUGGGACAACCAGAUGUAGUUAGUUAGUUAUCCAAGCCCUUUUCUAGCCACCCUGAUUAUUGCAAAAUCUUAUCAGGCAUGUGCUCGACAAUCAUAUCAAUUCUACCCUGUUGAACUGCACCAAAAUCCUGCCAUUUUUCUGCAAAGCAUUUACUGAUCUUUUUUUUCUUUUUGAACCCUUUCAUAAUAUCACUCUCUCUCUUGCUUCAUUCUGCAUCAAAAAAGAAAAACUGCAUACCACCCUUUUCUCUAACUUAAGAUAUAAGAUCAUAUCUAAGCAGAGCGGACAUAAUGCAGUGCAAAAAAAGGUGCAAAUGUAAAUAGAGUUUGUGAAGCCACCAUUCAAAGCUGGCUCCUCCUGCUCACCCCAAUUAGUGGGAGGGAGGGCUACUGGUGGAAAACUUUAGACCCCUAAUAUUCAUACUGAUAUCUGAAGUGUUGCAACAUAAAGGCUUCACACUGGAGCCUCUCAGUGUACGGAUGCUGAGCUGCACUAUGAAGUUGUCUUCUGAAUUCGAAUGCCUGUGCUCUAUAAAUAAAUGUAUUAUCAUUAAGAUGUAUGCAAACCCCACAUUUCUCAUAUAUUGGUAAGUUCUGGAGGAAACAAAUCACAGUAAUUCUCAAAAAAAAACCAGUCACAAAGGAAAGUGUAUGAUUAUCAGAGUCAUAUUAAAGGACUUCUCUCAAGAGUUCAAAAUGCACAAUCCAGUUUCUCCACAUGGUGGUGCUCUUACAGUUUGUAGAGGCACUUGGACCUAUUAUUGACAAGCAGCCUUUUUGCCCUGAGAGAAACAGAGAACAUGGUGCACACCUAUGGUGCGUGGAAAUCAAGAAUAAUACACAAAAUAAUCCCGUCACGCUACAAAUAACAUCAAAAACAACAACUUGUUUUAAAUUUUUACAGGCCAUGAAUCCUGUCUCAUCAACCUGGAUAUGUACAAUGUCUUUUCAACUAUGCACCUGUGAUUUCAAAACAUUCAAAGGUUUCAGUUUUCUCACAUUGUGAUCACAUACUGUUUUUACGAGAGCAGCCAAGAGGGAAUCUAAAGUCAUGAGACUUAAACCGACAUCCAGUCCAGCACACACUCUGCCCUUUAGCUCUCACUGCCCAGCAGCAGCAAUUACAGCAAGACAACAGCAGGCUGAGGACACUUGAGGACACAGACUCAGUUCUGGAAAUUGAAGAUUAAGGUAAAUGCCAUACAGUUCAGAGAGAGACUUUUCCUUUAAUUCUUCAAUUCUUUGAAUAAUGAAUCCCUGCAAACUCAACCAUUUACAUGCCUUUAUAUAUCCUUUGUGAUAUACUUGGUCGAUAAUAAAGUGAUCAUUAGCUCCUCUAGUGGGAUUGUCCUAGAUGUCCCUUCAAACCUUUAGUUUGAUGUGGUUUUGGCACAAACUUUGCUGAUCUAAACAAACUAAAUUAGUUAAGUGGUCCACAAGUCUUUUGUCUUAGUUAUUUAGAGUUUGGUGGCAUUAAAAGCCCUUUAAAAUGGGUUUUGUGUUGGGGUGGAUUCACAUUGUUGGAAUUUUUCCUUGACAUUGAGGCAAACCUGUACAAAUACUGAAAAAAUAAAAUCUGAUUGUGUGUAGCAGCAGUUUCCAGAAGACUAUGUGAACUCUUCUUUGCUAACUCUGUGGAAAAAAGAUGUUAAAGAUGCCUUACAGUCCCUUAUGGUCCAGGUAGGUAAGAUGUUCAUGCACAACUUUAAAGAGCGUUUUUUUAAAGAGACUAAAUUGAUCCACUGAAGGCAUAAAUUUACUCUUUUCCCAUUUCUUAUUAAUAUCCACAAAUGUAUCCCAAUAUUCUAUUGACUCCUGCUCUGCCACAGCAGUUUAAGAAUGAUAGAAUAGCUACAGGAACAAUAAGUCUUAUUGUUGAUGCCUCAGCUGUUUAUUAAAGUACUAAAUCAACAUUUCAACAAGCUGAUUAGAGGAGAAACCAGUCUGUUUGGACUUGAAGACUGUAGCUGUUUCCAUGCCAACCCAAAUGAGCUUUAAUUAUCUAUUAACAAUUAACAUACAAAACAAUAUUCUCAUUCAGGUUCGACUGAUUGUGAUCAAGCAUCAGAUAUUUUUGGAUGAUUAAAAAUGUAAAAAGAUAACCUCAUGAUAUAUUGAUCAGUUCAGCUGUGAUUAAUAGAAUAAAAUCAAAGAAACAGAAAAAAAAGUUUAAGGUGAGACAUAUUUUACAUCAAGACCAUGAAGAGAGGAAAUACACAGAGAAAAAUGUACUUUAUUCAUUUACCCUGACCUAGAAAUACAAAAGACAUGCUAAAAUCACAGAGCGAUCAUGCAUAAUGAAGACUGGUUGGCAUAAGGACAACAGCACAACAGCUGACCUGCUUCGAGGUCUGGUAGGAGGAUGACAGGUCACCCUCCUCAGACCUCAUUGUCAGCCAUCUUUUGUUUAUCCGCAGCUAUUCACAAAAUGCAUAAAGUCAAAUUUAAAGAGAAGGAUGGAGUCAAUGUCUGUCAAAGUACAAAAGAGCAUGACAUUACCAGCCCAUCAAGGUCAAGGCUGAUGGCAGGGGGGCUGAGUUAAUCUAUCCUGAAGGGGGGUGGGGACAAUCUGCAACUAAGAACUCACAAAGACAGGAUGCACAUUGACAAAAGACCAUGACUGGCUAUGGGACAGUAUGUGAUUCAGGGGCCACAGUAAGAAGGGCAGACCCCCCUCUCACUGCUCUUUAUAAUUCCCCCCUAUCAUUUAGACUGUCUGUAGGCUUUUGAAUACUUUGUUAUGGAAAAAACGAUUAUAAAAAAAUUAUAUGCAUGUGUAUUAUCAAAAACAAAGAGAUUCAGCGCUUAAUUAAUACUGUAGUAUCACAAAGAGAGUAUAGCAAAUGUGACGUGUCAUUAGAACAAAAGAGAGUGGAUUAAUCUUAAUAGGGGUGAGGCCAAGUGUGUGUGUGUGUGUGUGUGUGUGUGUGUGUGUGUGUGUGUGUGUGUGUGUGUGUGUGUGUGUGUGUGUGUGUGUGUGUGUGUGUGUGCGGCGGGGGGAUACUUGGGGCACACAUGGCACCAGGAUAAGCUUAAUCACUGGCUUGCAGAAAUCCUGAAAAGUGGGGAGGGGGAUGGGCCCUGUCUCUGGAGUGACUCAUUUAGAUUUCUAAGAAAGCAUUUUGCAGCUGUGUUUCACCCCAGCAUGAUGGAGAAGUGCAGUUUUAUUUACUGCUCUCUUCUGAGUCUCUAUUGGUUCUGAUAGCAAAAAAAUAAACAGCAGAGUAUCAUCCCCCCACUUCUCCCCAAAGCUGCUGUGCCCGUGGGUUACAGCCUCUAUUCAUAGUUCAGCCUGCAGGAGCCACACCAGUAUUACUCAUCCCCUCAUGUGAGUCCGCUGAAAAAAAUGUGUUAUGUUAAACAAAUGUACAAUGUUCUAACAAACCAAUGAACAUGUGCUUUUUUCUGGUCUACUGAUACAUUAAUUGACUUCAUUGAAGUCUCGGUCUAGCUCUGUUUGUGUGAGAAAGCUUCACUUGCUAAAUGUUAAACUUAGUUUACCAAACACGUACUCGCUGUAACGUUGUGCCUUCAGGCUCUAAGCAGGUGGUGAACAUUGUGUUUUCUUUUUUUCUUAAGGAAAAACAGCUGUCUUUUGUUAGAAAUGACGCAGAUGAAAGUGUUGAGAGUGAGAGAGAGACAAAACACAAAAGAUGCGGGCAAAAAUACUGUAUAUACAGUAUAUGGUCCCAGCUCUGACAGGAUUAACCCACAACUGGUCCUCCAAAGGGAUAAUGGUGCUCAGAAAGUUUAAUAAUAAUUGAGGCUACUGUCAAGUAUGGUAGCUCUCAGACCGAAAACAGACACAGAAGGUCAAUUUAAGUAGAAGGUUGCAGAGAGAUGGUGGCAGGUUGAGUUGGGGCUAAAAAAAAAAAAAAAAAAGGUUACCCUCAUUUUAGUGUAUGGAGGAUGACAAAUAAUAGAGUGACCAUAUUUUGACUUCCUAAAAAGAGGACACAACUACGUGGGGGCGGAGUCACAGGGUGGCACAAAGUUAAUUUUGAGAGUUUUUUGGGUCGGAUCGAAUGUCUUUUAUGUGCUUCGAACUCAGUAAGUCCAUGUAACACAAAAUCUAAACUCUCGUACAAACCAUGGACAUUUGAAUGAUUUCAUAAACUUCCACGGACAAAGACAGACAAGCCCGGACGCAAUUUUUUUUUUUGUCGGAUGGUAGGGGAAGGUCCCGCCCUCCUUCGCCUCUGAUUGGCUAGAAGUGCUGGGCUCUGAGUGGUUUUUCAUCGUCUGUCAGGUUAGGGUUAGGGUUAGUAUAAGGGUUAGGGUUAGGAUUAGGAUGAGGGUUAGGGUUAGGAGAUUCAGAAGUGCGAUGAUGUUCUGUAAUGUUCUGUUCGAUGUACAGAGCCGACAGUCCGCCUUUGGCUUGAGCGUGUGGUGACAUUUCCAGCUUUUCUAGCCAAUCAGAGGCGAAGGAGGCGGGACUUUUCCCUACCGUCCUACAAAAAAAUAUUGCAGCCCAGACAGCCUCCAAAAAAGAGGACAUGUCCGGGUGAAAGUAGACGUAUGGUCACCCUACAAACAAGCUGUUCGGGCCGAAAUCCAGACUUAGUGAUGGGCACAGCAGUUCUUUUAGAUGUACUGAAUCACUAGAAUCAGUUCACUUAAAGGAUUCGUUCAAGAGAUUUGUUCACCAAAUCAUCGAAUCAUUUAGUGCUUGGUGGGAGAGGCCUGCGACUCCAACCUCCUGAACUGAUACACAGCUGAACAGUUCAGGAUUCAGUUCAAUUCAUAGCUUCUGGGACCGGGAGACGAGAGUGUUUGGUCGUGUUGCUUUGGCAAACAGGUUUGUAAAAAAUGUACUUGUUUAUGAGUCAUGAUGUUUAAAGUUUACUGUACUAUGGUAUGCUAUUUAUCAGGUCUUGCUUGGUACUUUGGGGUCAGUGAGUGAUUCAUUCACAGAACGUUUAGAAGAAUUCAAACUGAACAUGCACCGUUCCCUUGCAAACCGCUGCAAUGAUAAGAUGCUGCGGGGUUUAAUGCACUACUUGUUAUAUGCUGUUGUCCUAUUUUAUGCAAGUUAUUGGGGUGGCAAUUUAGCAGUAAAAAAAAAGGUAGUGUAGUUCAGUGCAUGAUUUGUUUACCAAGUGAUUCAGGCAUCAGUGAGUGUGGUCCCUCGUUCACUGGCUGCUCGACUGGCAAUGCUGUUUCUCACCUCAGCUCAACUGAAGUGAGAAACGAACAAAUCACUUGAGGAAGUGAUUCGGUUCAGUACGUUCACUUAAAAGAUUCGGUUCUUUUGAACGAAUCGUUCGCGAACGACACAACACUAUCCAGACUGAUAAUUUUAUUUAGGCUGUAAACAUGGACAUGUUUGAAUGGGUUUUACACUGGCUCGUGCUGCUUUCAGAGCCAGCUUCAAGUGGACACUUCAGGAACUGCAGCUCAGACAAUAUUUAUUUGAUAUGAAAAAACAACAGACUUUUCAGUUGGGCUACCUGGUAAAAGUUCCCCUCUUCAUUGCAACAGGCAGACCUGGUUUCUAUCCAUCUGUAAAUACGUGCAUUUCAUGCGUUUUCCUGGAGGUCUCAUUUGUUUGUUGCCGAUCAGUUUACACUCGUCACACACUGAAGUGGUAACCAGGCAUAAUUUAUUUGCACUGGUAUUUAAUGUUGAGACAGAAGAGGGCGCUGCUUCAUUCCCAACUAACCGGGCGCUGAGCAGUGCACGAGGAGGACUGUUGUGUCCCAUCCGGAGUGUGUGGAAGGUUGUGGAGAUGAGGAGGCGGGGAGUGUGAAUGGAUGGGACUGUCGGUGUGGACAGUGGAGGUAAGCUUGUUUUGCCGUACGGGCAGUACACCGCUUCCACUCGUGGGCAUUAUCCUACCCCUCAUGACCUCUCCCGAACAACCUCUGAUAUCGUUUUUAUUUUGAAAGUCUCGUUUUUUUUUCUGUUUUAAAGAAAGAACUGGAUUUAUUUGACGGAGCCGGGCGGCAGAGACGCUGUGACCCAAACAAUAAGUGACAACGACCAGUUCAUCACAAAAGACUCAAGGUGAGAAACGAUGUGUUUUCACACAAACUCAGAAAGUUGGUUUUGUUGUGGCAUACAGGUUUAUCCUGGAGAGGUGGUCAAUGAAAUAAGGCGCAGAGACGCGCUUUGCGAAGAGCCGCAUGUUUGACUUUUACAUUAUUUAUAUCUCCUCAACUUCACUCACACGAGGUACGUCUAACGCCAUGGAUAUCUAUAGAUUUUUGCUUGUAAUAUGUUAACCAAUGUGCUUUUACCUUCAAAAACACCUAUGACAUGCUGGACGUCCACCAUAUCACUCCAAAUCAUGUCCAUCUGCUGCGUAAAGGUGUAAAUUAUCACUCGCCUAUUGUGAACUCGCAUAGCCUACAGGUCUGUAUGUCUGGUAGUUCACCUCUUCCGGAUAAGCAACUUGGUGCGCGGCUAAAAGUCAAUUAAGCAACUUGUUUUAAAUGUAAAGUGGUAUUUGGACAGUGAAGCACAAUAGGUGUGGACUCCAUUUUGACACCCGUGGGUAUCUUAUGUUUGAAGAAACUAUAGAUAAUAUAAGACCUUUUUUUUCUGUCUUUCUGUUUUAUUAUUAAAGGGACCCGUAACCCUUUCUUUUCUGGCUCCAGAUUGUGGUCAGCCGGUCUGCUCUCCUCUGUGUGAAUAUCCUGUUUCCUGGACCAAACAAACAAUAGGCAGGCCAGCAUGGAAGGCAUAUGAUAUCCUGUAUGGGUUUUGUGUCAUAGCAGACCAUAAAAACAGGCCUAGUAGUUGGAGUUUGGAAACAUUGGGUGAAUAGUUUCAUAGUUUUCGUGCAGAUUGAAAGAGUAGCUUGAUGCCAACUUUAAGGACAUUUUAUAGGCUGUGACACACAGCAGAUCUGCUAUGAGGAAACAGAGAGACAGGAGGUGAGACAAAGCAAAGGCACAGGACUUAAUAAAGGUGACAGCACUGAAUGUGUCUCAUGGAAGCAACAUGUGCCGUCUCUUUGUUUCUUUAUGAGAUACACACACACGCACAAACUGCACAGGCAGCAGCACUGCUUUGUGUUGACUUUAGUUUCUGCUGCUUUUAAUGGGGUCAGCGCUUCCGAUUCAAUAAAGCUAUUAACCGCCAGAGAAUAUUCCAUGGCCACAGCACAGCCCCGGCACAGACAGCUGUUAUUUACCAAUCAGGAUUCAUCUACAACCUCAUCUAUACAUGGAGGUCUCUGAAAGGGUAAACAAGACUAAACAGAACAUCCAGUCAACCUGAAAAGUGAGAAAUGAGCGGCUGAGGUGUUCCCACCUCUCAUCAAAGACCUGGUUUCUGGGAAAAGUCAGCAUGUUUAAUUUUUUUUCCUCACACACAUUUAUUUGAACGAGGGUACACACAUUGACAUCCGUCACCUGAGUUAUUUGACACUGUUGUUCCACAGGUUCACACGAUUCAGCACUUUUAGUAGAAAACAAGGUUCCUGCUAGACUGGUUUUGUUUGUUUCUUACCAAGCUGAAUCGCUCUCUCUGUAAAACAGUAAUUUUACCAAUUUCAUGAGCUGAGGACACCUUAAUGAGCAAAUUGAACAUGGUGUACAAAAAGGCACAACUGUUGAGAGUUUUUUUUUUAGCAUUUAUUUUGAAAGCAGUGGUCUUGUAAACUGGGACAUUUCAGAGCCUUUACCUUUUCACUUUUACCUCAACCAAGAGACACACUCCUGGUCUCUGUGAAUGUGAGAAAUACUGAAUGUACUGGACCUGUAGUGAUAAAACCAGAAAAAAAAAGUCCAUCAUCUGACUUAAAUUUGGCCUCAUUUUUCAUUAUCUCUAAAUGUUUUCCGCAUAUUAAUUAAGCGAACAAUUUGAGCAUAAAUUCAGCCUAUAAAUCUGAACUCUGCUCUUCGGUUAAGAUGAUAGGAAAACUGUAAAAAGUAACCAACCCACCAUAACAGAGGUUUAUUAUUGAAAAGAGUUUCAAUAGAGGAAGUGUUAUUUUUUCAGCAUUAACAAAUUCUGCUUUUCCUUCGUGAGAAAAACAUGUCAUGCUUUCUGUUGAAAGUUACUCAGUCCUACUUUAAAGUUUGCAAAGACAGCCAGAACAUAAGUGAAAACACUUGAUUAAGAGAGCAUAACUCUUGUCAAAAUAGGAAAACAUUGACAUUGUGGAUAAUUGGCUGUUUAAUGUAUACAGGCUUUCAGUUUGAGGCAUUGCUCGGGGUCAGGCAGUGGGUCAGUGUUUUGUGGGUCAACACUAAUCUAAGGGCUUUGCAGUGAAAAUCAAUUCACAUCGCCCCCUGUGUGAAGGGGGUGUAUGAGCAAAGAAGCUGGGACGGUGUUACAUGAGUAUUUCCAAUAAACCCAACAUGUUUUAUCACAAACAUCAAAACUCUCUCUCGGUUUGCUGUUAAAAGUCCUUGGCAUUUUUAGCACCUUCAUAGUUUAAUCCAACUGAAGUUGUGUCAACAGGACUGUGUUCGUCAUUGGCUGCAAUCCAGCUCAGCAGUGAGAGACACUACAGCUCUUUCCUCGUUCCAUCUCUGCUAUGUCUGGUCAAACAGGAUUUCCUGGGAUAUAAAAAAAAUAGAAUAGAGAAAUACAAAGGGUGUCUAGCCAUGAGCCUCACGGGCAAAGCAAAGCAAAGGCACUGUAAGAGAUCCUGCAUUGAGUGUGGGUCUCUUAGUAAAAGAAAUAUGUACAGAGUUCAGUGGAUAAAAUGAUGUAGGUUUUUGUCUCUUUAGAACGAUUCUUGUAUGUGUGACUGCAGACAAUAAAACUGUUAAGGAUAGUUUUUUUCUCUGCUUCCUUUGAGAAAAAAGAAAACAAAACAGGCACUCAAUUCUGUAUAAGGUGGCUGUUAGUUGGUUGGGGUUUCCUCUGUGAUUUAGUUCCCAUUAGAGUAAGGAGAGCAAGAUUUCAAUAAUAUAAGAUCCAGUUUGUUGGUAGAAAAUAUUACAACUCAAAACCACCUGAUUACUGAUAUUUCAAUUGGGUUCACAGGAAACCCCCUGUGCAUCAGUGUCUAUUAAACCAAGUAGUCGGGUAAAAAAACGCUCUUUUCCCAGAGGAAUAUAAAACCAACCACAAUUAAUAAUAAAAAUGAAGAGGGAGAACACCGAUUACUGGUUGUCUAAACCUCUUUCUUUCCUUUCAUCCCCUCAAGGGGAGAUGGUCUGAAAGGAUGCACCAUUUAUCUCAGUGUGUAUGGAGAGCCUGAAUCCACCACUGUGGUGACUAAGUGUCCAUUUGCUUUGUUUAUUUACCAGCUGACGCAGUAGUUUUCAUGCUAGGUUGUUCACACACUCAAACAAAAACUGAUCGAAACAGUGAGAUUUAUUUUUAUUUAAUUUAUUUUGAUUUUAUUUUUUUUUAGAACAUGUGCAUGCAACACAAGAAAGUAAACUGAAAACAAACAACACCAAUGGGAAUAUUCAAAACAACAAUAACAAUAAUCAAAGCAAAACAAAAUAGAUACUAAUAAUAAUGGGAACCCAACAUGUCCGAAAAGCAGUAUGAUGAAGCAUUACGCUUAUUUAAUCCUACCCCUUCUCCGCUACUCAAUUAACAGUCAGUCACUCCAACAUAAUUACAUUGUAUGAACAAAUAAUAAUAAUUAAAAAAAAUGCAUAGAGUAAAUAAACAAGAACUGUCAAAUGAGGCUGUGAGUCUGUCUAACAGGCAUCUGGUCCAUUAUUUUUAGUGCUUGUUCAUAUGGUGACCUUGGUCUCUGUCUAUGGUGACAUUCAGUCUCUCCUGAUGCUCCUCGUUUGUAAUUAGGUGAAAUUUACAGUGUUGUGAAAUUCAAACACUUUGUACUGCUGCACAGAUGAGGGUUUGUUGUGUAGAUCCUCCACCGCAUACGAACAGGUGACCUGCCUCUUGGUGAGUUCAACCACAACAUCAGGCAGUGGAGGUAGCCUUGAGUGCAACAUAUCUAUCGAGCGUUACACCAGAGCUGAAAUCCCCCCUUUUUUUUCCUCCACCGCCCUCCUUCUGUUCCUCCUCCCGCUCCUCCUACGCCUCCUCCUCUCAACAUUUCUCUCAGACUGGGUUGAAAUUGCUACGAGGCUGAGAAAUUGAAAAUUAGAACAAAGCAAAGCCUGCUUUUCCUGUCUGUGCCGCUGCUAACUGACCCACAAGGUUUUGGGUGGAGGGAUGGGGGCUGGUUAGUCCCUGUAAUUACACUGCUUUUAUGCAUCUCCGUCUUUCCAUCCAUAUAUUACUCUUCAGUCUUUCUUAUUUCUCUGCUAAACGCAUACUUCACAGGUCAGACACGCACUAACCCUCCAGGAGAGCUGUAAGACCAUAGUGCUGAGCGGAUGUUUGAAAGCCUGGAUGGUAAUUGUCACAAUGAGACUCGCUCCGCUGUGAGUGCGUGGAAGGUAAAUACAGAGGGGUCUGAGCUGCCUUUAUUACCCUCUCAGGCACAAAUAGAAAAGGUACAUGGUUUUGAGUCUGAAAAAAAAAUCAAACAGCAGACAUGCCUCACAGCCUCAGAUCCUCUGUGAUCGAUGGUGUUCAAUGCUUAAAACCCCGAGUGAGUAUUUCAAAGGUUUAGUGCCAGAAGGGAUUGAGGCAUAGUAAGGAAAACACUGGAGACUCCUUUCACUAUGUGAUGCCCCCUAGUCUCACAACCCCCCUCAGAGUCAUUUCCUGUUGGAUUAAGCUCCAUUUUUCUUUUUAAAGCCUUUCCUUAAUAAAUUAAUUUUGUUUUGGUUGUUGACGGGAUGGAUGUGCGGUGGGGGUAUUUUGGGUGUGGUGUUGUAGACAAAAGAAAUGGAGGCUGAAUGGUUGUCACUAGUGUUUUACUAAUGGAGUGCUAUGUGAGCCUUUGUUUUCACACAGCUAAAACUGGAAACUCAAACCCCACCUAGACCACUGCUCACACACUGAGCAGGUCUCCUAGCCUGCACACUGUAUCCCCAGCAGGUAAUAGAGAGAAAAUCAUCCGGCCGCAGUAACCUCUAUCACUGCAGCUUGGGCUGAGAGGGAGGUCGACAUGCAGGUAAUAGGGGGUAGUCAUUAUCACCUGCUCUGUGGACCAUAACCGAGCAUCCCGCUUGUUCGUUCAGACAGGCCGCCAUGAGCUGUCUGAGAGGGAUACAGAGCUGUGGAGAAAAAUAGCAUAGUGGAAAGAUAUACUGUAGGUGUGAGGUGGAAACAUUUCCAAAGGUAUUUUGGUGUAAAAGUAUGAUUUGGACAUGAAAACCUUCUUUUCAGGUUUAUAUUUCCUGCUAAGAAGCUUGGCUACAGAUCGUACUCCAUAAAUUCACUCUGCUGCCCUGUACUGUAAGUAACAGCAACGCACAUCGUACAGCUAGACGAUGUGUCACAGGAGGUGCGCCAUUGUAUGACAGCUACUUAGAGUCCAACGUUAAAUAGUCUUCGCUUGGCUAAAAUGAAAGAUAUCAGGUUAGUGUUAAGCGAUACAGUGUUUGAGGCCCUGGAGAAAGCUGAUGCGGGGUCAAUAUAAAGAACUUAGUUUUCAUAGGUGUCAGGUACACACAUAGGGAAGAUAAUACUGUAUCCUCAGGGGAGGGUUGUGCAUGGUUUGAAUUGUAUUGUGACUUAUCUAUAUUUCAAACUAGAAUGUUAACUUAAAACUACGUAAUUGAUGAGUAGAUCAAAACGCCCUCUUACUAUCUUUUAUGCAUCAGUUUUUCCUAUUCUGCUCUGCUCUGGUCCUGUUUUGCAGUCAUUUUUAGUGCCUAUCUCUGACGUUUACCCUUUCACAACAAAAAUAAACAUAUUCAGUGAAAAAGGCUACAUUUGCAAACUAGUGGACAACAUGUGAAACAAAACGUGUGGUGGCAAUUUGUAUGAAGAGGAGAGUAAAAAAAGGUUGAUGUUAGUGUCAAGUAUGAAGAUUUAAAGAUAUUUUUGAUGACAUUAGUCCUCAGAUGGUUCGUGAAAAGGCACCAGGUGCUCAGAAAACACAGAAGUUGUUAAACUUUUGGACUUAGCUGGGACACUAACUGCUGUAUCCUGUGUUUGUUUGACCCAAGCUCUGGACUGGGACUUUCCUGCUCCGUGUCACCUGACUUCCCCUGCUUCCUUCAUAAACUACAGCCACUACGUAUUGAUGCCUUAGUGUGUGAAAUAUGAAGACAUCUCUGAAGAAAUAACAGCUUACUCAGUCAAGUAAAAUACUUGCAAGCUGUACAAGAUGCCAAGACUUGAGUUCAUGAACAAAUAAGCAGAGCGAGGUUUCACUGGCAUCUCCAAGGCCUGACUGGUUCCUGUUUUGCUAUGCUGGGUCUGCUCUGUUUGUCAAUAUCAGGAUUACUAUUUAAUGUACUAUAUAAUGAUUUUCUUUUUCCUAACUGUGUAGAAACCAUCUAUUCUGUACAGGCUCUGUUGAUCGAAUCAAACGAUGCAUUAACCAUAGUGUCUGAAAAACAAAAUAAUUCCUAGAAAUAAGGGUGUUAAUAUAGUGGUUUUAACUGUGACAUUUCCAGAUAUAGACCACAUAUUCCAGAUAAGCCUCAUAAGAAUAAAUUGGCCACUUACCAAAAAGUCAAGGACUGCAGGCAGCACUCAUCAGGCCCUUACACCUCUGUACAUCUGGGCUUUGGUGUAGGAAGGAGCAGGUUGUCAGUAUUUGGUGCAUGUCGGGGUGUGGAGCUGGCUGGAUAGGGUGCUGGUCAGAGUGUGAUGCAAAGUGAAGUGUGAAGGUGCUAAGACUGUGCUGAAGCCACCGUGUCUUUAUAAUAAUAAUGCAUUUUAUUUUUAAGCGCCUCUCUCAAAACUCAAGGUCACUUUACAGAUAAAAACAGACACGAAAACAGUUUAGACAGUAAGUGUUUCAGGCACAGUAUGAAAUGAGAUUACUAACCAAAAUCUGUAACAACCUUUAAAACGUGAAGUGGUUAACUGUUUCUUACUAUGAAGAAGAACUAUUAAAAAGACUGAAUGUUUUCAUUCAGAUGUUUUCAGAAAGAGACUGUUUUCAGACAUGAAGUCUAAGGCACAGCAGACAGUGGGUCUAAUAAAGACUUUAGAAAGUCCCAAGAGCUAUUUUUAAGAUAUUUUGUCAUGUGUGCUGAGGACAUUUUAAGUGUGCCAAUACUACAGUCCUCUUUGGAGUGUUUUUAAAGGACUGUUGCAAUUUUCAUGCUUUGACCGAGUUCAUUUUUCACCCAUUCAACCAUCCCUUCACAAGGACAGUCAGGCACAGCAAACCCAGCAGCACUGCUUCUCUGUUGUCUUUAUGAAGUUAACACCGCAGUGGGGUUGACUCUGCGUGUUUGAGCAACAUUAACUUCCUUUUUGAUGGUGAGACAUCAGUCUUUGAUUCUUUGAAGUUAUUUAGGCCAGCAUUUUGACUUUAGCAGAUAAGACAGCUGAAGACAGACAAGACAUGUGGAGAGUAUAUAGAGGGUGGUGACACAGCAAAAGGAUGGGGGCUGCAUCACUGCUGUGAGGACAGAAGCUUCUGUACGUGAUAGUUUUGUAGAUGAGUUAGAAAACUUUCCUUUGUUACAAUUUUCCCUUUAUAUAAACCAAAUGGAACUUGAAUUGGAUGGACUCCAGAUGAGAAAUUAAUCCAGGAAGGACCCUAAGAACGACUUAACCCCUUGCUUUUUAUUCAAGAAUUAAGAAUCGUAGACUCUUGGGUCCAAAGUUUCUUUUUUGUUUGUCUAGCCAUGAUACAUAGUUUCAAAGAGAUGUGCAAAAGUUGGGUCUCUUUAAAAAUCACAUGGAAUUUGGUGUAUGAGUGACUGUGUAUAGUGUUUUAACAGAGUUGUUUUCUGUCUCCACAAGGGUUGCUAAUGAAUAUAUGAAAUAUUUAGACAAGACUAAUCAUAAAUGUAAAGUUUUGUCAAAUUGGAGCAUUAAACUUUGAAGUGAAAACUGCUCUAAGAGGCUGAAUAAUAAAAUUCCUAUUGUCAUUAUUUGUUGCUUUUAACUGACAGGAAAUUGCAAGCCUUUAAUUUUCCAGAUUGAAACAUGUCCAGCGUAAACUCUGCUCCCCUGAGCCUGCAGGGGUGAGGGGGAUACAGUACUGGUAGUUGAAUUGAGUCCUUUCUUAUAACUUCAAGUGGUGUAUUGGUUGAAGAUGGAACCUGUCUAGUAUGUAGAGAAAGGUUGGUUUGUGUUUUUAACCUACAACUCAUAGCUCUGUGGCGCUGUUAUUCACAGUGGACUUGAUGGGGAACUGAUGAUUUUUGUUUACUAUUAUUCAUUUUAGGUGGUUAAGUUGGUCAUUUCUUAAAAGAAGGUUGGUGGUCUGAUCCCAGUUCCUGGAGUCCACAUGACUUAGUCUAAGAUGUGUCAAUGUCAGCACUAGGCUUCUGGCUGUCUUUUACCAAAGUAUUCUGGCUAGUGUCCUUAUUUAUGCUGUACUUUGAUGGGCUGGUAGCAUAUCAUCUGAUGACAAAAAUAGGAUCAACAAGAUGAUCAAGAGGGCCGGAUCAGGGUUAGUCCCAGAGUCUCUUCAGGCCAUUGUUGAGAGGAAGGCCAGGUCUAAAUUAAAAUGAAUCCUGGGCUACAGAGAUCAUCCAUUGCACUAUAUCUUCAAAGGUUUUGAAAGCUCACUGAGUGAGCUACUUGUGAUGCCUCGGCGCUCCACUGAACGACUAAGAAAGUCUUUUGUUCCAGCAGCAGUGAGAUUUUUUUAAUAGUAUAUGUUAGGGUUUGACUUGGCACUGCUGCAUAGUUUGUCGAGGUAUUUAUUUGGGUAUUUAUUCAUUUUGAUCAGGCUUUUGUUGUAUUUAAUCAUGUCCUUAUCUUUUAUUGUACCACUCUUAAAUCAUGUUUCAUUGGCCUUUACUGUGUUUGUUAUGUGUCUGGUGUUGAGUUUAGGCCUUUCUGAUGUCUCUAUGCUGUUUGUUGUCUGUAUGAGUCUUCAUGUCCUGGUGGCGAAAUAGUUUUCCCCCAUGUGGGAUCAAUAAAGUCCACCUUACCUUACCUUACCUUCAAGUGUUCUUGGUCAAGAUAAUGGAGCUCAGACUGCUCCUGGUGGCAUAGCCAGCUGUGUGUGAAUGAGACAGUUGACAUGGAUGGACACUUUACCCAGCAUCCUCUGCUGUAGUGUGUGACAUUGUUUUGAGUGUUCAGAUGAUCAGACAAACACUAUGUGAGUAGAGAUCAGCUUAAAGGGUCUCAAUAUAGUAAACUUCGUUGAAUAUCUUCUUGACUCUUUAAUGCUGAUCCUGAAACCCUGCUCAUAUGCAUAAACAUACUCUGCAAAAACAAAUGGAGUGAUCAUUAUUAAGCGUUUUUUUUUUCUUUUCUACUCUAGAUUAAAGGUGGUGUAGGCAGGAUCUGAGGAAGUGCCAGUUUUGGGGAGAAAUCUUGAAUGUAAACACUACCCCUCCCAACCAGAUUCCCCUCAGCUCCUCCUCUUUCCUCCCCCUCUGCUCCAGCAAGCCCCGCCCACAAACAGACGUGUCUGCGUGCUCGUAUCGGUCCAAUUGAAUUCAGAUAUAAAGCAGAUAAAUAUUUCUGAUAAUUACAAAUGUGGCCCAGUCAAGGUGAAAGUAAAAAGCAUUGGUGCUACUGUAGAUGCCAACAGACUACCAGCAAACACAAUGUUUGCAGGACUUCUACAACUAGGAUAAACUGACAUACUCCAGGACCCGAGGUAAACAGUUUAGCGGCGCUACAACAUGCAGCAGGUCCCAUUUGACAAGAAACACUUCUGUGACAGACACUUGUCUUACUUUGGUAAAGCGCUUUACCUGUCCAGCAGAAAGGUUACAGGGUUCGUAAGAUCCCGAAGUGUUUAUACUUCAUUAAUGUUGAGCACUUUUCUUUUGUCUCUUGAUAGCUCUUUUUAGCUCUUGUCCGGUCUACCUCCUUUUCAGGCGCUUGUUAUUCUGCCAGAGUCUCCGGUAUUUAAUUCGUGUUCUUGCUUGUGUUGGCAGUCAUGGCCAAAGGAGGAUUCCGAAAAUUUUCCGUACUUUCUGUUUGGUUUCUACCAUCUGAUAUUGCAGACUCUUGAACGUUAUUCCAGGAUGUGGAGCAUGCCUCACAACACGGGGGAGCAGGGUCUGCCUCUCAACCAAUCAGGUUAGGGAGGUGGAGAAUGGCUUCGUUUACCGUCAGAAAGAGUGGGCCGCUCAAAAAAUUUAAAAUGUUGACUACACAGAUGUAACAAAACACAGUUAUAUUACCAAAUGUCAUCAAUAACUAAUAGCUAUUGACUGAUUUUAAAAGCUUUUCAAUAUUAUUAAUAUGUUUCUUUAAUGGAUUCCUGCCCACCUUUACUUUCAUACUUCAACCAUCUUGAGGCUUAAUCAUAUACUUUGUAUAUAUUUAUUUUUAUUCCCUUUCCUUUACUUACUACAUCUCUGUAGCACUCUCUUUGUUUCAUCUGGAUGCCUGUGGAGAUGUCAGCAGCGGGCAUUUAUAAUUUCAUCCCUCGGCCAUGAUAUUGAAAGCUAAUGACACAGGCUCUUUAUGCUUCUUCUCAGAAAUGUCUGAGCAAAUCUGGGCCCUCACAGUCCCUCAGGGCAGCAUUUUACACAGCAGAGAUAGUGUUGUUUGCUGACAUCUCAACCUCUGCUUCCUCACACUCUGCAUCCCCCGACCUCUUCCUCCCCAGCAUCUGCUUCAUGCAGACACUUGGUUUAUCAUGGCCUAUGGCCUCCAGUGAUCCCCUGGAGGCGCUAUCCCACACAGCAGAAAGAACUGGCCCCAAAUCCCCAGACCCAGCAGACAAGCUGAUAGGUUGGUAGUAAAAGCCUCAAGCUCUUCGGCCUUGCCUCAUUGCUUGCCUUCUUUCUUUUUCAACCCCCUGCUAAGUCAUACAAAGCUGGGCUUGACUUUGCCACUUAACUGCACACACAAAGCUUCUCUGUCUAACCAUUUACUUUUAGUGGAAAUUCAUGUCAAGAUGUUGAAUUUUUACAGCUCACUGUAAGGCAGUUUAGAGAAAAUAGGCAUGUCAUUUUAUACUAGUUUAAUUUUCUGUGUACUCACGUCACGAAUGAGGCUAGAGGGUCAAGCUUUGUUGGGUUCCCUUAAGUUUAAUACACUUAACCUAGAUAUGUAUGGUGUUUGAUUACAAAUAACCCUCUCAUGGAGUUGGAAAGGGUCCUGUGAGGUGAGAGAAAUCAUAACGAGUUAAAAGUGUGUAAGAUAGAGAGAGAGAGCUAAGUCAGACACACUGCACAGAUUGUCUUCCAUUCAUCUUGUCAGCUGCAGUCUCAGUAUGUGGCAAAGCCUGUCAGCUGUAGGUCCUUGUGGUUGACAGCUGUUUCUCUGCCCCGCUCAGGCUCUGUUGUAUUCACUCAAAGCCCCCCCCACUCCCACCCCCACCCCCUUUGGAUAAUAAUCCACUUCUUACUGCAUACUGUAAUUGCCAUCUAGUGAUUUAAUGAGCUUGUGGACAAGGCUGCCCCUAACUUGAGCAUGAUUUUUUUUUUCUCAACAGGUCUGUUCAUAUUCAUAUAUCUAUAAAUAUACUAGUAAACAUCACUAUGAGAAACAGUGUGUCUGUAUUCUCACUGAAUAACUAAUCCAGGUAAUUAAACAUUAAAUGAGGCAUGAGGAGAGAACAUGAUAUUAGUUUAAAAUGAUCCAGAAACCCUUAAAACGGCUAACACACUAACUGUUCAUAAGAGUUGACACUUACAGGGAUUGUCUAAGAAACUCAGUUAUACCACCUGCUGGCUAAAAACCAUAUUGCAGCCUUAAAGGAAUAAUUAUGUACUACACUAGCUCAACUAUUGAUUGUAUUCCCACCGGGGGGGUUGGCGUGGGAGGUUGGGGGUAUCACAAUAGCCUGGAGAAAACGAGCCUUUAAGUGAGCAUAGUGUUGUGUACAGCACAUGACCUGCUUAGAGAGAUGGAGUGACACUAUAGUUACAUCAGAGAGGAUGACAGACUGUGGUGUGAGGUCAUGGUGUAACAGUCAGACACAGUGCCAGGCUGGAGACAUCAACCAUGAAUACUGGGGUACUGUGCUAAUGCUCACUGUCUGUAAAUGAUAUCCUCAAUUUGAAUGUGUUUUAUUUAUCCCUGUGAGAUUAUUGUUGUCUCUCCACCUUACUGCUGAGGGUGAAUACUGGCAGAAAUUUACAUUUAAGACUAAAACACAGUGUGUCGCAUCAGGAACCUUUUAUUAACACAUGUUAGCAGGAGUCUGCCACUAACAUAUGCACUCGCGGUCACCAUGUGUGACUAACAGCAGCUUGUUUCGGUGAAGUGUUAAGCUGUCCAUUCCCACCAGGCAGCUGAUGCCUCCCACAUCUGUCAGUGUUCAUCAUAGUUAGCAGAUUAUGAUUCAGAUUUGCCUGUAAUGUUGGUGAUAGAUCUGGCCUUAAACAAUAGAUUCACAUAGUUCUUGUAAUGGUAGAUUAUUGUAUUUAAUACUAUCAGGCAACUAUUUACGACCCUCCAAAAGGUCUUCUUGUGGUCAGCAAGAAAUUUGUUGGAUGCAACAGCAUUUUAUAUGUUGCAAAUUAUGUUUUCUUAUAAUUCAAACUGAGGACAGAGUCAUGGUGUUUCCAGUUUCUAAUCUUUAUGCAAAGCCACUCUGUCUGCCUUCAGCUUUAUGAAGUUAUAUGAAGUUGAUGGACACGAAGGAGUUACAUUUGGUGUCUAUUAAAAAGUUCUGAGUAACCCUUGGUGUUAUUAUAAUACCCCUUGGCCUAAACAUAAAUCAGUGCACCUCACCAUGUGUUGAUUUUUUAUUUUAUUUUUUUAUCAAAUCAGUUAAGGAUAGAUAAUUUGUGCCUGAAACAGACUCUCACUGAGCCUAUUUAUUUUGUGAAUGUCUGUUUUUCUUCUUUAAAGUCCCACUCUGAUCGUUAUUCUAUUUUUUAUUUAUUUUUUUAUUACUUAAAAGUGUUCUCAGUGGUCGAAGUUUUUACCCAAAAAAAAUCGUGUUACCGUGUCAUUUUGAAGGGCUUUAGGGUUUUUCUUUUACAGAGCUCCAGUAGAUCAUUAGCAAUUCGCCUCUGAGUCGUGGGCGGAGACAGCGCUGCUCUGCACACUCCUCUUCACGUUAGCUUGCAGCCUAACAUUGCUGGUGUAGUAGAAGUGGCAGGUAACAUAGGAGCUAUUCAGCUCUCGGACACUAAUGUCUUCAGGGACACAAUGAAAGUUAAAAUCAUAAUUAGCUUUCUUAUGAGCAUUGCAAUCCGUUAACACACACGCUUGUUCUGCAAUUGUCCUCUCUAUUUCUCCUCUAUAUGCAGAGUGUGGCCUACAUAGCAGGGCUCCGGGGGUGGAGCUUGGAUUGGUUACAUAUGAAAUCUCACUGUUUCUGAACCUGCCGUUUGGGUCUGCCAGAGAUUCACAGCGAUUUGAAUGAAGAAAUACUCAGAAAAGCGAUUUCAGAUUUAGUUUUCUCGUGAUAUGUCCUCUAGCAUCAGAAAAAUGCCAAAUGAACAUAUAAAAAAACAAGAAAAAACAUGAUUUUCUUCGGAGUGGGUCUUAAAGCCUGAGUCACAGCUGAUUGCCAUAGCUAGUGAAAUCAGUUCACUACCUGCUCAUGGCAUUAUAACUAAUAUGUUUAUUUCCAGCAUGUGUGCGUCAGCUCUGACAUUACAUUACUGUAUGCACUGAUACAGUAUGCAUGACCAAUUCUGACCUGCUAUGAUAGAAUAGAACAACUGAACACCUUUUGAGAGCGUAGUGUGAGCCAGUUAUUCAAAUAAGACACUGCUGAGUCAUUGUACAAUUUGAUUCAGGUGUUUGCCGGUAAAUUGCAAAUCGACAAAAGAUGACAUAUGGUUUUGCUAUAUCUCUCAAAUUCUACACAAAUCCCCUCAAAGUGUUUUCUUGCAGUGUGGUUUUGGGUUUAGCCCUUUCAGUUCCACUGUCCCUGCAAAUCCACACAAGACCAAUUAUUUGGAGGGUUUCUGCAGGAUAUAAUGGGUGGAUAUUCAGGAAAUAACUCCCACGGCCCAGACAAAGUGUCAGAGCACAACCGCGCCUGUUUAAAGACAAUAAAAUGCUGAAAUUAAACAUUUAAACAGAAGAUGAAGUCAUUUGCCUCUCAGAGUUAAAAGAAAGCAACUUUAUUGUGUCUUGGGCAUCAGAGUUUGGGCCAGAAAAUGAAACUUUUCCCCCAGCAUGUUGCUGUGAGUCGCUGAGGACAGUAUUUAUGACUCAAGGGGUGAUCGACAUGUCAGACUUUGAUUUCCUUUAUGUUGUGGUUGUAUACAAGUGUGUUUAUGUUGAGGAGAUAGAGCCUCUGAAGCAGAGGCCUUGUGUUUCUGUCCUGCUCUUCCCCACCCUCAAUGAGGCAUGUGUUUUGGACUGAGGCCCAGGAUCAAGCCUGAGGCAAGCUGCCCCACUCCAGCCUCUACAGAGCGCUGACUCUCACUGACAUUACAUCAGCUGGAGAGACAUAGUAAACUAUGUGUGUGCAUAGUGUGGACCCUCUAUACAGCUUUUUGCUCUGAGGAAAAUCUAAGAGGUCUGCAGACCCGAAAAAAAAGAGGUAUCAUCAUCAUCGUCUGGGGCAGAACCUCACUGACAGGGAGAGAAGAUAACUAACCAUGGCUGUGCAAAUCAUUCGAGGGAUGGAGGACUUGAUGGCAUCAGGCAGUCAGCUCGUCUGGAGCCUGGCACAUCAGACCCUGAGGAGGUGGUACAAUACAGGGCUGUUGCCAUGCAGACGCUUUCUAGAAGCCUGGCUCAGAAUUGGAAAAUGCUACCAGGUAUGAGAUCUCCUCAAGCAAAGGAAGUGUGGAUGAUGUUGAUAAAGAGACAGGAGCGAGUAAAUGUUGCAGGUUCUGAGUUUGUGUUGUUGAUGUUAAUGACUACUGACUUGAUUCUAUAUGGAUCAUUUUGAUACUGAUUGCACUCUUACAGCCUUUUGUUUUUCAUCUGGCUCAUUAGCAUAUGCGUUUGUUUUACCUGUGUGAAUAUGAGGAAGCAAAAGCUGUUUCUCAGCGGGGCACACAGCUUCAGCACAUGUGGCAGUAAUCAGAAAACAGCAUGAGCAGCUUUUUGAACUCCCUGUCUGGCUGAAGAGGAGAAUGAUCAAAGUUGACUUUGAAAGGUUUUGUCGACAAAGAAGACUGUCUGUGUGGUUAACACACAAUCUACAGUACCUGUAUAAACUCAGGGUACACUUGAAAGGGUUCUGGUUUAACCCUUAGUCCCUUACUGCUAUGUAAAAAUAUUUUUCUAUGAGUAGCUGUUCUGGUGUUAGAUAUGAGUACAAAACAAAGCCUGAAAUAUGACCAUGGGCUUUUUCAGAUUACGCCUAUCAGGUAUGAAAAAAUAUAUACCGCUUCAUCCUUUGAAGGUAGGCACAACCCCAAACAGUCUUCAAACAGUCCAGAGUUUGAAGUAUACUACUUCAUAGAAUUGUUACCAUAUGCCAAAAACUUUUUGUCUUUUUUGUCAAGUAAUUGUUAUAUGGUAUGUCCAGAAAAAAACUUUAAAAAGUGUCAUGAUAGAUGUACUAACAUGUCAGCGCUACACUCAUAGUGAUGUUUGUCAUGGAGGAGCUUUAUGCACAUUCUAGCCAAUAAAAUGCAUUACCUUUUUCAACAGAUGAUUUCUUUGUUUUUAUGAUUUUAAACUGCAAAGACACUUUAGUUGUUAAAAGUACCAGGUUUCCUCCUAAAGUCUAUCAUAUUUUAGCUAAAUGAGCAAAAAAAAACUUACGGAACUUUGUUCUCCUGAAAUCUGUCAUAGUUUAAAUACAUGGAUAAAGUCAUAUCUCAGCAGUGGACAGAAAUGUAUUCAUGCUGAACACCAUGACAGAUGCCAUCACUCUUUGUUCUCUAAAGAGUGAGCUGGUGUGUAUUGUUGGUUGGAGGGAUAGUUCAGGUAGAAUGAGCCCAGUGCAGCCUAAGUAGGUCAGUGUGGCAGGGGUCAUGUGAAAAGAGUACGAAGACUGCCUUUCCUGAAUAACAGUUCAAAGAGGAGGAUCCCUUUUAUACAUAUGGACCUCCUUUUUUUAUUAGCAGAAAUCACUAAGACAAGCCAGGUUCUUACUUCUUUCCUGGCGAAAAUUUUACAAUGCAGGUUUAAUUAUCUUACAGUAGAUGCAGAUUUGUCCAUCACAUGAUAUCAUGUUGCUUAUUGGUUUUCCCUUUAAAAAGUGCUGGACUUAGACCUGGAGAAAAGACUUGAAUCCAGCACAGCAAGCACAAAUUUGAAGGUAAAUCUAGAGUUUGGGCUUGAAAUCAGACUGUUAACUAGAGGCCUUUGUUAAUUCUUCCAUGUUUUGAUGUCACUGCCCUGAAACAAUACUGCACUGAUGGAUGAGCACUGAAAGGAGUGUGCCCUCGACAGCCACUGCAGUUCUUAAAAGGGUUAUUGUGCAUUUACUUUGAUUCUUUUUAUCAGCAGAAAAGAUGCACUUGACCGCUAAAACUUGGAGCAUGAAAAUAUAGGACUGUGCAGCUGUAAACAGUAGAACUAGGGAGUAUUGUGUUGAAUUCUAAAGCUCUUAUGAAAGCAAGCUUAUGUGACAGUAAAUAAAAAACCUUUAGAUCUUAUUUUAGGGUUCAGGGACUUUAAACCACAUAAUAAAAGAGAAAACAAAAAAGUGAAAUUAAUGCUCGUGAUAAAGAUAUCAAAUAAAGUUUACGGACUUCUUAGUUUAUAAGCGAUACAAUACACCACAAUCAUUUCACUUACAGUGAGGUUUGUCUUAAUGAGCUACAGCUGGAUAACUAUUGCACCACAUUACUUGAAAGUAUGCUACAUUUUUAUCACUUCUAGCAGUUAUCUAGAUUAAAUUUUUCCCAACUUUAAACUAGAUUAUAAAGACUAUGUCACGAGAAUUUGUAGAAAGUAAUUAAAUGUAUCUGACAACAUCAUAAAUGAGCUUGACAACAAUAGUAAGAUUUUACCAGAAUAAAAUAUGACUUGAGUUUUAUCUCCACACUAUCCUGUGCUGAAAGCUGCUGACUGCUGGAGAACAGCUCUAAAACCAUUUUCUUUUCAACAAUGCACUUGAAAUUCAAUUAAACCACACACCAGGGCUUCAUUGUCUUUUGGUCUAGUUUCUUAAUAACAGAAAAAAUGAGGUGUUGACCUUUAAGAGAUUUCAUUCAGACUCAGAGAAAGACAAAGACAAUACCACACGUGGAGGUUUAAUGGAGAGAGGAAAAUAAAGCACUAAUGCUGUCGCAGUGAUUCAUGACUGAAUUACCAUGGCCACUCUCUCAUUUUAUCUCUUCAUAACAAGCAACAGAAUAAUGUCUUAAGCAUGACUCCUAUAUGGAAACUCACCUGUCUCAUACCCAUUCAUGUAACACAAUAACAAUUAUAUACAGAGUAAAUAGCAAAAGCAGCUACAGCCAUUUUGUGCACAGGCUAGAAUAGUAAGGGCUGUUUUUUUGAGUGACCCAGAGGUAGAUGGACAUUGCUCUUGCAGGUACCGUGUUGUAUUGCUUAAAAUUUCAUGUCUAAUGAUAUUUGUCCCCCUACAGAUGACAGAGGGUCGUCAGUGUCAGAUCCACCUCCUUGAUGGCAGGAAGCUGGAGCUGCUAGUUCAGGUAGCUGAUUCUUCCUAUUUGCCUCCUAAAGCCUUUAAAGAUGUCAUUCACUCCUGAUAACUGAUAUUUUCUGCAUAAUUAAAGUUCAGCUUAUUAGAGAAUUUGGGCUCACACUGUUAGUACAUAACUUUUUUCUCUGCUGUUUAUUCUCGUCGGAUUGAUAGUUUAAGUUUUGGGGGGUUUCGCUGAAAUGUUCAGCCUUUGAGUUAACACUGGAUUGUUCUGUGUGAUUUCUGUUUAUUGAUAAACAGCCCAAGCUGUUGUCCCUGGAGCUGUUAGAUUUGGUGGCCUCCCAUUUCAGCCUGAAGGAGAAAGAAUACUUUGGUCUGUGCUUUGUAAACGACACGUACGUAUAUUUUCUGGUCUAACUUUGAACUUAAUGACAAAAAUGAAGCUGUGUACUAUUAUUCUUUAUUUAUCCAAUUAAAUAAUUUUACAAUGUCUUAAAGAAACCUGUGAUAGAGAAGAAAAAAAGUAUAAUAGCAUUGCUCCAAUACAGUUAUUUCUUUCCUGCUCAGUGGCCAGAAUAACUGGCUCAAGCUGGAUCGUAAAGUCCUGGACCAUGACUUCUCCAAGAUUGGACCUUUGGAGCUCAGAUUUCUUGUGAGGUGAGUGCUCUGGCUUUAAAACAAGCAAAAUACACGUACAACUGUGCUGUCUGUGUGACUUCAUCAUAUACAGUACAAUGAACCCCAAUUAAGUGUAUCAAGAGCUGCACAGCCUUUGAGUCUCGUCUCAACCAGUAGGUGGCAGUAAUGUAUAAGUAUCGCUAUAACUAUGGAUCUAUGGAGCAUGAUAAAGUCUUGAAUCUUUUGUGGCACUGGAACAUAAAAAUAUUAUUUGCUCAUAUUUCAAAGUAACCAUAAAUGUUCUUUGCAGGUUUUAUAUCGAGAGGAUCACCUUCUUGAAAGAUAACUCCACAGUGGAGCUGUUCUUCUUAAAUGCUAAAUCUUUAGUGUUUAAUGUAAGUUCUUUUUAAGAUUUUAUCAAACUUGUUUUAAUUUACUUUUACCUCUUUCUGAAGCUUCCCAGUCUGCAUACAUCACUACACAUCAUACCUUUAUUAGAGGAUGCAGGUUCAACUAUCCAUCUGUCAUCAUUACUUAUGGUUUAAAGAAAUAUUUAUCUAGAUAUUUUCAUGACUUCAUCUCUUAUUUUAACAAAAAUACUUAUAGUUUGUUGAAUAAAUGUCUCACUUAUUCACUUGAAGCAUUUCAUAUUCACAUUUCCCAAUGUCUUAUACUGCUACACGUUUUAAAAUAAAUAUUCUGUAGUUUACCAGUAAUCUACAAUAUGCAGCAGUAAGUGCACUUGAAAAAAAGGGGGAUUUUAUUUAAUUGUAUGACACACAACCAUACAUGUGUGCCAUGAACAUUUUCUCAGAUUUUAGGGUGUUAUGCAGUUUUUACGAGAUGCAGAGCCGGCCCAAGGCAUAAGCGAACUAAGCGCCUGCUUUGGGCCCCGCGGCCAGAAGGGGGCCCCCAGCAGCAAUAAAAAUUUAUACUGUAGUAGGUGUGUAGAUGAUCAACAAUCAAUAUUAUUGGCAGAAAUAGAGGGCCCCAAAAUCUAAUUUUGCUUGGGCCCCAUUGAGGCUUGGGCCACUCUGGCUUAACUUACCCCUGAUCAAAUGGGUCAACUUACCCCCAUUUUCCUCUAGUGCUACACGUUUUAAAAAUAAAUAUACUGUAGUUUAUCAGUGAUUUACAAUAUGCUGCAUUAAGUGCACUUAAAAAAGUUGUUUAUUUUAUUUUAUGGUAUGAUUCAAGACCAUACAAGUGUGCCAUGAGCAUUUUUUCGGCAACAGCCUACAACUCAGGGUGCAGACUUUUUAAUGGGCUUCUAAUGCGGCUUUUACGACAUGUUUUAAUGAGAUAGAUUUCAGUGAAGACAUCAUGAUUUCAUUGAUUUUUGAGAAACUGGAAGGUCCGAAUAGAAUCUUAUAAUAGGCUUUUCUUUUGUGUGUUUAUUAUCUCAGAUUUUCAGCUUAAAUGGAAAAUAAAAAAGCAAGGGUACGUGUGGAGCGAGGGUUGAAGUGCUAUAAUUUGUAGUAAGAGCGUCUGAAAGCACCACGUGAUCAAGCGUAGCGGUGCAGUUUUUUCGCUGGGGCAGCAGACUGAUCACCAUGGGAGACAGAGACAGUUGAACCUGCUUACGGACCGUACCACUAUUCCGGUGGGGGGGAGUAGCCCUGGGAAGGAGCUUUAGCGGGGCUUUUGGUGGUAACACAGCGUGUUUCUUAUCGGGAAAUGUAAAGAUACUCGAAACACUCUUAGGCUGUUUUAAAAACGCUUCACGGGUCCGUUUUAAUGUCCGUGUUUCCUCAGCAGAUUUGGUUCAGUCGGUAACGCUGGGACCGGGGCACGGGACGGGAAGAUUUUUUUUCCUCCCUCUCUCUUAAGUCAAGUGUUGGGAUAGGCUGCACUUUGUGUGGUCGUGUUUUUCGUCAAACCGAUGCUAAUUUUGAAUUUUUCCAACAACAGGAGACCAUCGAAGUGGAGAGUGGGAAUGUUUUCAAACUAGCCGCAUUCGCAUUGCAGGUAAGAGAGAGUUUGUCGCAGGACUGAAAACACGUCCCUGACCGCUGAACGUGAAUGAAGUGGGUCGAGUACGCAACAUUUGAGAACAGUUGUCUCCUGAGGUUGACUUGGUCACAGCUAUUGUUAAAUAAGUUGACCCUUAUUGGAGACCGUGUACCAAUUAAAUGAUAAAAUGUUUAAAGACAUAGUAAAAACUUGUGGUUCUUUUUUGGAGGAAUACAUACAGACGAGCUAAAUGUGUUUUAAUCGUGUCACAUUACCCCUGUGAAGGUGGUGCAUGGAGCUAACAUUAGCACAUUGAGUAAUUCAGUGUCUUCUUCCAGUUGUUGUUGCAACUUUAUGUUUGACUUUAUUUUUCUGUUUCUUUUAAAGGAAGCCAAAGGGGAUUACACCAGGUAAGAAGUCCAUUUAUAUUAGAGUUGUAACCAAAAAAGCUGCAUGCUCUGAAAUCUUAUUUUUAAAAGUGUAUUGGCUUACACAGAUGUCCAUAACCUAUUUGUCCAGUUGAGUCAAAGCAGACUCUGAUUUGUUAGAUACUUUGGUUAGUUGUUAGUGUAGUUGGUAAAUAUUCAACUGGACCCACACAGGUUUCAUUCUUUGCCUCAUAGUCUUAAGUUAAUUAUUACCUGGAUUUGAUUGUGUGACAUUGAACUGAACCCCUGUGUCAAUUAGCUAUACGCAUAACUGAAACCUCUCAGAUCAAAUCCCUGAGGGCUGUUUUAUACAGUCUGCUUGUGAAGUAAGCUUCACCUUUUUGUAGUUUACUCAAAACAUUGCAAACUUCUUGCACUUGUACUUGUUGUGAUUACACCUCUACCCAUUCAUGACAAACAGACUCUCUUUGACACUCAUACACACACAUUAACCGUUAGUCCAAAACCACCAACACUGUUCACUCUAGCUUGACCUCCAGAGAAGAGACAGGGUUUUUUAUUUAUUCUUUAUUUUUUUUGGCCAGUGAUGGAAGUGAAGGUCUUUGGCUGUGAUUAUUAAACACUGCUCCGUUUGAGUGAGUGGCUGAGCAGGUUAAAGCAGCACAACCUGUGUGUGUUGUCCCAGUGUAUCGCCUCUCAGGGCCUCUCUGUCCAUUAUGUGAACUCAAAGAUUUGUGCAUGUAUGGUCUGAAUGGCAAAGCAAAACAUGCUCCAUGUUCUGUUCUAUUGUUCUGUUGCCAAAAAGGAAAAAAAAAAACCCUGACUAAAACCCUGACUAAGUCUGCUUGUGCUUGUUAAACCCUUUAUUACUUACAGGCAUGGAUGACCUGGUUUUAAAAAAAAGUAUUCUUCACUCUAAAUUCAGUACAAACUUUAUUGUUUUAAAGAGUGUUUCCACAUUUUAAAAAAAGGACAUUUUCAACAGUGUUUGGAUUUUACAACUAGUGUGCUCAUGCGGGUGUGGGGAUGGGCUGUACUUUGUUCUAGUUUUGAAAGGCACAAUAAAGGACUACCUGCCAACAAAUAUGAUACUAUCAGCCAGGAUAAGAGAGUUGGAGCUGCUUUUGUCUGCUUCCCUGCUAGUUGUUUUAACUGACAUAUGGGAUAUAGUUUUUUUUUAGAUUAAAGAAAAAACAUUGUGAUAAAUAGAGAAAAAGAGAGAUGGCUUUUCAAAAUGGUAAUAUUUUUCAUUAAAUUCAGCUGUGUUCAGUAAUCCCUAUUUCUUUGGGGAAACAGGCCUAGUUUAGUUCUCCAUAAACUGCAUAAUAUAGAUACUGCUACUACAAACUGUUUUAUCAAAGAGCCAUGGAUCAGUGAGAUUAGCCAUGGAUGAGUCAGGGAGUACUUCCUCUAGUACAGACGGUUGCCUUAAGAAGGAUGAGCCUAACGUACUGUCCAAUGGUAGACGACUUGGCAACAGGAGGACUGCUGUAGUCACUGUAUCAGUGUGCUGUUGUUGGCCAGCCCCUCAUCUGUGAACUGAAUUAAUCAACAGUUAUUAGCUUUCAUAUCCUAUUUGCGUAGGAGGUCCUUUCUACGUCAAUAAUUGCGUCUUGCCUUGCUCUCCUAAUAUUUAUUCACACAAUAUUAUAAUUGCUCAUCAGCUGCAGGUUUAACUGGUGCUCUGUUCAAUGAUCAGCUGUCCUCUGGGAGUCAGUGAAAGGAGCUGAAGAAGACUUGUGAAAUCUGUUUUAAAAAGCAGAAUGGUUUUGAAACUUGAACAGUGAUCUACAGACUCUCUCUUGACUCCAGUAUAAACUGUUUAUCAGCUGCUUAUUAUCUUAAAAAAUUCUUCUAUUUGUAUCCACACAAGCCGGUAUUACACUGGCACAGUAGUAGUCAUCAGUUCUAUUUGCAGGUGUAGUCUGUAGUUUGUGGUCCAUUCACAGCAAAGACUCUCUCAUUGUACUCCCUUUACGGUAACCACACCGCAGCUCCAGUGGAAUAGCUGACAUAUGGGUGUUAUCUCUCCCACACUGGGUAGGCUACACUGGGCUGGGCUGUACCGGGUGUAGGAAUUGCCCCCGUGCUCCAGGCUGUGGGGAGAUAACAGACGCAGUAAUGAAUUCCAGAUUGCUGACAGCGCAGCACGGCUGCAUAGUAGAUCACCCAGACAACACCAAAUCCCAGCUUCCAAUAAAUGGUGUACUAUGAAACAUGCAGCGAAGCGCCAUGGCAGCAAAACCCAGUCAAGCUAAGCGAGGUAGUUACUGUGUAGUGAUUUAAGCAGCCUACCUUUGCAGCAGCUUACCUUUAUUUCUGCGCAGUGAGCUGGUUCAUAAAGCAAUUCAAUUUGCUUUUCACGUUGUCAUGUUUCUCGACCUGAUGUCUCAGUCACCUCAAGUCAAAAAGCUAUUUCCCUGAAACAACCCAGUACUGAUCUUGUUAUGACGAGGUCACUGGUAUAGCUAGUACCUUUUAUGUGGGUUUUCUUUAUUAUUUUUUUGAUAAGGUCAGAGCUGAGUUUUGUUUUUAAAGCACCAGGACUCUUACAGUAUGUCUCAGCACAAAGUAAGGCUGCCAAAGGCUUGUGAAUGGCUUUUGUUCAGGCCUCCAGUGAAUUGGACAACCAAGCCAAAACUCUGUUUGUCCAGCAAAUAACUGCAGAGUAGUUCCUCCUACAUGAUGUUCGAGCAGCUCAUGGUUCGCCCUGAAAGACCACAACAGUGUCAAACACCACAAGUCGUCCAGAUACAUAAUAACACAACUCAACAUUUAUGUACAGUUUGUGAAGGAGGGACUCUUACUUUCAGUGUCUGACUGAUACAGAAAACUGCUGUUAGGAGGCGAUGAUCCUUCUCUCACUGUACAAACACUCUUGAGAUCAUGCUGACUCAGAUUUUUUUAUUGAGCAUCUGGUGGGUUGGAAGUAUGGAACAAAUUAAGCUGCAUAACUGUUUGCUUCACAGUAACAGAAACUAAGUCUCUAUCAUGUUGCGUUCCUAAGACAAGUAUUAUGAAUACCAAUAAAUGAGAAUUUGGAGACAAACAUGCCGAAUCUGCGAAUAAUCGUUGAAACCGGCCACAGCUGCAAGGUUUCAAAAAGGUGUGGGGAUUGGCUGCGUGGAUUUGCUGAAUUGCAACAUCCUGGAGGAACCACUGAAGGGUCUGCAUGUGCUUACAGACUUGUGCCUCGCCAGGCCUUAGUAAUAAAGUCUGGCAAGACAUGAAUAAGGUUUUGAGUCUAGUCUUGCAAAGCACUGCAACUCUUAUGAUUUAUCAUGCGGAAUAUGAUGAAGAUAAAAUCAGUUUCCUGAAACUGCAGCUUUUCUGCAGGUAAGCAGACAGAAACUGUUCCUGUGAAGCCUUAUCGUGGAAUUUAAACCACACCAUAAAAACACAAAGAUUUUCUCAAGUCCACAAUCAAGGCUUUAACAAUCCUUUGGUUGCCAGAAAUCAAGAGUUUUUUAUUCAUCGAGGAGUUGGUGUCAGCCUAUAACAGUAUUUUCUUUCCCGUCAUCAGUGUGACUAAAGUAUUUGCUUUGUGUGUCAGAGAUAAAUAACACAGAUGAAGUCCUGGAAUGUGUGCUUGAGAAGACUGUUAUCUUUGUGAAAUUUAAACAAGCUGUUUAUGACAAAUAUAUGGUUUUUUUUUCUUUCCAGUGCUGAGACUGCAAGAUCAGACCUCAAACUGCUCCCAGUUUUGCCCACCAGAGCAUUAAGGGAGCACCCAUCUCUAAAUUACUGGUAAGUCGUCAAUAAUUGGCUAUCAGGUAUGAUCACACAAGGCCUAAUUGAUAUCAUUGCCCCAACAGUAGCACAGAAGGUGCUUAAAAAAACUGCAGUCAGGUGGCCUCAAAGGCAACAGCACUUGGGUGUGCUCGCAGUGAUUUAUUUUUCUUAAACUGCUGUGGUCGGCAUCAAAGUGCCCUCAUCUGUACUAGAUACUUGGCAGACAGUUUUGACUCAGAUUAGGCUGCUGAUUAUUGCCAGGAUCAGGUUCAUUAAGUUUGGCCAUUAUACCUGAGAAAGCAGAGGGAGGCGCUGACAGCCACUGCCUCUCUAAAGAAUUACUGUGUGGUUCGUCGGUUCUCUUUUUUUACUCCCGUGGUUAUCCUUCCUGCCCCCAUGGUCCUCUGAGUCUGAGGUUCCUGUAGCCUCUAAAGCAGUUUGAACUACAUCAGUCUCAUUUCCAAAUUAAAAUGAUUGUCUUGCGGUGUACGGGGGAGUUCGACCAAUUCGGCCUCCCGACAUCCCUUUUUGUCAGUUCAGCUUCAUUGCCUUCUCGCUCUGCUAUUAAAUGGGUGAUUGCAGUGGGAAAUAAAUGGGAUGCAUUUGCUGUAGAGUUAGAUAAGAGCCAUCAGUAAGCCAGAUUGCAUUUUCUGCAAGAGCGGGCUGGAUGCCAAGGAGAAAAGGGGCCCUCCAAUAAUCCCCCUGUGGCCGAAACGUGUAACACUUGAGAGAAUAUUCAUUAAGGGUUUUAUCUGUUCAUUCACAGCGAGGACAAAGUGAUUGAACACUACAAGCAACUGAAGGGACUGACCAGAGGACAAGCCAUUGUGAAGUAAGUAAUAAAAAAAACAACUGUUUUAUUUAUCAUUUAAAGUGAGGUUAGUUUGGCAGCUACCGUAUUUUUCGGACGAUGGGGCGCACCGGAUUAUACGGCGCACUGUGAAUUAACAUGUCUGUGUUCACACAUAAAGCGCACCGGAUUGUAAAGCACAUUAAACAUUGAUUGGUUUAUUGUUGCUAGUGCGUACUCCAGGCCCGGGCUGCCUUACAUGAAUGGACUUUUAAUUUAGACAUUACAGUCAGGCAGUGUUCAACACUGCUCAGGGGUCCUGUUACGAGGCCGAUCAGGUAGUGACACAUAUUUUUUUUUCCUGGGGUGGGAGGGAAAGGUCCCGCCUCCUUUGCCUCUGAUUGGCUAGAAGUGCUGGGCUCCGAUUGAUCAUCCUUGUGGUUGUGAAAUGUCAUCGUCUGUCAGUUUAUGGUUAGGGUUAUGGAGAUUCAGAAGUGCGAUAAUCCUCUGUAAUGUUCUGUUCGAUGUACAAAGCUGACAGCCCUCGCUCGGCUUGAGCGUGUGUUGACGUUUCACAGCCAUAAGGAAUAACCAAUCAGAGCCCAGCUUUUCUAGCUGGAGGCGGGACCUUCCCAUAACAUCCUACAAAAAAUAUAUAAUGUAAUGCUCCGAAUAUGCAUUGAGCGGAGUGGCUUCGUUGCUUAUGAAAGUCGUACAUACACAUUUCGACAGAUUUUUGGGCGCAUUGUACCACAUGAAAUUGGUCAGUAAGCACAACAAGUAAUCAUACAUAAGGCGCACUGGAUUAAAAGGCACACUGCAAGUUUUUAAGGAAAUCUAAGGAUUUUAAGGGCGCCUUAUAGUCAGAGAAAUAUGGUAACUUCUGUACUUUAUACAUUUUCUAUUAUGCUACAGUUUUAAAGCUCUUACACUAUAAGCUCCUCGUCUAGUCUGUACUGUAGUAGCUUUUGCUGCGAGAGGUGGUCAUCUCAUACCAGUUUGUGCCAUUAAACAGAGGACGAUUCCUGAGAGUAGGUAGUCUGUCAGCUUUUAGAGGAUAGAAGUCCUCGACAGGGUUUAUUCCAGGUAAUGCUUGACGGUGAUGAAGGGAAAGAGACUCAAUUCCUAUUGACCUGUCUGUCUCUCUCUUUUUUGAAGAUAUCUGGCCCUGGUGGAAUCUCUGCCGACUUAUGGAGUGCAUUAUUACCCAGUGAAGGUGAGUGCGUUGUCCUGUCCUGUGUCGUCUAGAAGUUGAAGCUUUGAAGAACAUCAUCAAACAUCCAGGAAACCCCUACAGCAUGUUUGGUCAGGCCUAGUUACCCCCUGAUACUCUCCUAGCUUUCUUUGCGUCUAUUAACUUUACUGGCUAAAUCCCAAUUCAAUCAAGGUGUCUGCACAGAUCAAAAGCCUUGCAUUCAUUUGAUCUCUUCAAGUGUUGAAUCGUCGUGUGAGCCUCAGAGUGGUAAUUUAUUCAGCAACAGGCUUGUUUAGCUUUUUUUACUUGCCAAUAAAACAACCUUUAAUAAGCGGUGAUGUGUGUGUGUGUGUGUGUGUGUGUGUGUGUGUGUGUGUGUGUGUGUGUGUGUGUGUGUGUGUGUGUGUGUGUGUGUGUGUGUGUUCUUUCAUCCAGGACAAGCAAGGACUACCGUGGUGGCUUGGAGUCAGCUACAAAGGGAUCGGGCAGUACGAUUUACAGGAUAAACAGAAACCGAGAAAAGUAGGUGUUCCUCCUCUCAAACCUAAUCUAUCUUCUAUUAUUCUUUAAACAGAACUCACCUACCUCUCUAACAAACUCUGAUUUGUUUUGGACUUAAGUUAGAAAACUGAAAAAUAUUGAAAGUUAUAUAGACAAAAAAAAAUUUACAGCUUAACUAAAGGUGGACUUCCGUUAAUAAAUCUCGUUGGACUUGUAUGAAGGUAAUUUAAUACUCAGUAAAAGAUAUAUGCCAUGCUUUUCAGAAUAAGAAGAAUAUCUUUUUUUUUCCUUUAUCCUGCAUUUUAUUAGUUUGUUCAUGGUCUAUUCACGUUAUAAAUAAGUGGAUUAAGAUUUUGAUUCCCAUGCCAGCCAGAUAAAGAGAGAGACAGUAUUUUCCAUCAGCAGUUUGUGCUGUUUGCAGCCAAGGCUCUAGAGGAAUUAGCAAAUAAGACACAAAACCAGCACUGGCUGAGAGAAUAGUCAUGAUGAUUACAAAACAGUCCAGCGUUCAAACUUUAAAUACUUCACCUACACUAAACACAGUGUUGAUCCUUUAUCUUUGAAAUUGUGAUUUGAGUGGGAAAUUAGCUUUGCAGGAAGUUUUUUUUAGACUGUUGUUCAUAACUGAUAAAGUUACAUCGAGAGUUUGGUAUCAAAUCUGUCUUCUGCUCUGGGAGCAAGACUCUGAAAUGAGUCAUUUCACUCUGAAAACAGCCUAUUCAAUGGCUUUCUGAAACAGUUCUUCACAUCAUUCAUUACAGACAUAAUAAAAAUUUCUGUUUCAUGAUCAUUUUGAUGAUUAUGUAUCACUUAGUUUCAGAAGUUCCCUGUAUAAAAUCACAAUAUCGUUCUCUAUAAUAGUUUUACUCUGUUAUCUUUUGUUGCCUUUUGAAACAGAAAUUCCUUAUUUUAUGAAAUUAUAUCGCACAUGAUAAAGACAAACAAAAAGCAUAGUGAGUUAACUUUAACAGUUAAGAGGAAUCAGUGAAAGUGAAACAAAUUUAGUCUCUCUUUGGAAGUCAGUAUCAGCCCCAAAUAGCCCGACUCUCCCUAAUCACAGCCCCUGUCUUUGUGGAUCCUCAGUUUUGCAGCAUGGUCCCUCUGACACAGUGGAGCUAAUGUAACACCCCCUCCAUGUCUCUUCUUAAGAACAGCAUGUUAUGCUGGUCCAGCUGUCCCUCUCAGCCAGCACAGAUGCAGACACACACAGAUAACAGCUAGCAUAGUUUUAGAAAGCAAUGCGCCUUACCACUCCACCACACUGGUGGAAAACAGGUUUCCUCUCGGCUUUGUGGUCCCUAUCUGAAGAUGCUUGAUGCACUUUCUGCCCAAAACUAGCGGUCUGAGUUGACUUGGCACAAUCCACCAGCUAAGACUUAAAACCAGCAUCUUAAAAAUGAGAAAAACACUAAUUUGUAGUUUAACCGCUGAGUAGUUCUUCAAGGUUGAUGGGAUUUGGUGUUCAGUGGACUAAUUGCAUGUAUCUGUGGAUGGUACUCAUGCUCUGCUUACCUUCCCUCUCAUUUGUCGGCUGUUUAAGCAUCUCAUCAAGGUGUUUGUCCACACACCCUUUCAUCCAUGGAGGAAACCUGUUGACACAGUAUGGUGUGCUUUUUCACCGAGGCACUAACUAGCCCAGCCAGCCACAGUGUUUCUCUUCCCAUCCCUGGUGGAGGGUAUUAUUAAGGUUCUCUGUGGGAAACAGCAGGCCUCUGUGACUGCAGUUUGCCUCCAGCCAGGCAGGCAGGCGGGUGGCUUCAUGUUUUGAGUUUCAGGACAGUAAUGAGGGUGUUGGAAAGGCUGAGAACUGUUUUUUUCCCUCUCUAACUACUCCGUGCAAGAAGGCGUCAGAACCACAAGCGGUUUUUGACAGUAUCCAGCCUUUUUUUGGAACCCUUUCUUCUAAUCAAGAGAGAAGAGAGACCACUAUAUCUAACCAGAAUUGUUUUUCAACCCAGCCCAUCUGUUCUUGCAGGACAGCAGAGAGUGAGAUGGCUCAUCUCCACAAUCGGACACAAAACAAGAGCAGACUACACAGAGCUGCAGAGUUUGAUGGGUAAUUUUAUUGGAGCAGGAUAUUUGACAAAGUUUGAAACUGAAGGUUCAAAUUUUUAAUAUCGAAUUAAGAAAAGAAAUCAACCUUUUUAAACCAUUUCAAAAUAUAUUCAGGGUUUCCUCAUGUAAGCUUGGGAUAUCUGGUAGUCUUAGAUGAGUUUAAAACAAAAUCUUACAAGGAGCGCUGUCUCGUGCUGUUGGGUCAUAGAAAUAGGUGAGGGUCUUUCUUUUGGGGUUUAGUUUUGCACUUGUAAGAUUCAUCUAAUCUCUGUGAGAAUGUGGAGCCUCAGCUGUGUGUUUACAGUCCUGCCUCUGAUGUUUCUGCAAAACCAAGCACAAUUUGAACCAGAUACUUGAACACCAGAUAUGACACCAUCAUGGGGUUCAGCGUUUGAGUACAAGGGUGUGAUGUUGGCAGAAUUUUGUGAUGAAGCUGUUGUCCUGGGUUCAAGAAAGGAAACGGUGUCUGUUAUUUUGUGGGGGUUAUUUUGAUGUUAUUCUGACCCUAAAGUUGAACAUCAUAAAUGUGGAGCAGCAUCUAUAGCAUUGUUGUCUGCCUUCAGAUAUCACUACAACCCUGAGUGUGUGCUUUCAAAAGGUACAGAGCUGUGAAGUUGACCCAGUUUUGACCAAGUGAUUGCAUGUCUCAUACUGAGACAAGGACAGCGAUCCAAUAAAAUUGUCUAACCACGCUAUUAUUGUAACGAUCUGUCUCAUGGGCUUUUGUCUUGUUGGUAGAAGGAUACUUUAUAAGACCAGAUGCUGUUCCUCAUAAAUAAUGAGCCUGCAGAGCAAAAAAUAAAAUAUAUUUACUAUAAGUGACACCAUCAUUCUCUGCCAUACAAAAUAGGGUGUCCUGACACAACUUUUUUACUUCCGAUACAGUACCGAUAUUGGAGCCUUCGGUAUCGGCCGAUACUGAUAUUGAUCUGAUAUUGGCACAAACUUGUGUAUGACAAGUUUUGCACUCAGCUGCAAUGUCUUUUUCCGACUUUAACGAAAAAUGCUGCCACACAGCCGACGUCAAUGCUACUCCUUGCUACUUCGUUAGUACCUUCGUACUCACUGUUGUUGUGAUUUUGUGGGCAGAGCUUGCUGGAUCAGGGCGCUGCGAGAUAGAGGUGCCAGAGUGGAGUCUGGAAUGGACUGCUUGUAUCGGAGUGCUGAUAUCUGAGAUUUUAGAUGCAGGCCGAUAUAAUCUGAUUUUUUUUUUUUUUGGCUGAUAUCGGACCGAUAUCCGAUAUCAAUAUGGUACUGGGACAGCCCUAAUACAAAACAAGAUCUAAAAGAGCUCAGAAGUUCUGAAGUGUAUUGGCAUAAAAAGUUAAAGCUGAAUACAAAUUUAACCUUAAAUCCUUUCCCAAGUUGUUGUUUUUAACUGAAGUUUUACAAAAAUCCAAACAGGUGGUUACACACAGGUUCAUCUCAUUGUUAAUGUGUUUCAAACACAGAGCUGUCAGCCAGAGCUUGAAUGUGACGUGUUCUAAAAAAGGGUGGGGCAGAUCUUUUUCUGUACACACGUCUUAGUCAGUGCUUUGACACAUUUUCACUCAUGUGUGGUUUCACACACUCCUGGCCUGAGGGUCCUUGGGUUGUUUGGCUUUGAGCUGGAUGUGGAUCAGACUCUUCUGGAUCAUUAAUGAGACUUUCCACAAAAAAAGAGAUGUAGAUCAGUCAAGUAUCUGAAGUUCUGUGUGUUUUGUGAUAUGAGUGAUACACGGUGUGCUUACAGUUUUUUUUAGAAAUUGUUCUGCUUACUUAUGAUUCGUAAUGGUGAGUCACUCACUCUGUGAACUUUUUUUUUUACAUGAUUUCUUCAAGUGUUUCCCCUUUGAGACAUCCACUCACACUCCUGAAAUGAAGAGAUUAAGGAGUGUCACAUCCUUGAAAUAUUUAGGGAGUGACUUGAGAAGCAGUCACAGGGUAGUCCUUUAUCAGUUUCAUCUCAGUGUUGGCACAAAGGUUUCCAGACUCUUUAACGGGGGAAUGAUUCUGUGGUAGUGUGGGACCUUUGUUAUAAUGUAAAUGAUGCUUUAGAUAGUAUCGGGGGUUGGGAGGCUUUCACUGUAUGGCCUCCUUACAAAGGGGUGAGAUAUUUAGAAGUGUCAGAGCCAUGGGGUUGCUGUUGUCUCCAAAGAACCACAGUCUUCAGAAGACUGAUACCAACUGCAGAAGUGGCUGAAUGUGAGAAUAGAUCAGUCUCACUCAGUGUUGUUGUAAUCAGAGUAGAAAUACAGCAGCAAAGCAUGAGAGUAAUAAUCUAUACUAUCUGCACUGAGAAGUGUCUUCUGUUGGUGUUUCCUGGUCAGAUGAAAGCAGAAAGCCUCUGCCAUUAAUGAUUAGACUAUAGUAAUAAAUGCCUAACUUGUUUUUUCCUUGAGAGCCAGCUGGGUGUAGUAGAUUCUGCGAUAACAGCAGAGGACUCCCCAGACUGAAGUCAAGUGUUCAAACUCUGAAUCUGAUCGAUCAUUUUAUGGUCUGUGUUGGGAAUUGGAUUAAAGGUUAAAUGUCUUCAAAAAAAACAAACAUACACUGGCCAGGAAAUACUUCAGAGCAACUUGCUCAUCUGGUCUGGUUACAAAGGGUUUGACAUGUGUGGGAGACAGACGGAGAGAGGGAGCGGGAGAGUGCAGGGCCUCCAGGACAGCAGGUAUCUGUGAUGUCAGAGGAGGAGGAGGAGUUCCUAAGGGGCGUGACCAGCUUAGCUGAAACUCAUGCAACACCUAUCUGGCUUCAGACAGACAAGAGGGAGUAUUGUUCAAGGAAGCUCUACCCCUGUGGGAAACUCGGAGUCAAAGGAUUCAAAACAAACCGAACAGUAUUCAGGGGGGAUUCGACAAGAAAAAGAAAACUUGACGGUAAGCCUUUUGUAUCCGUGUAUUACCUGUUGAUGUGAUACAGAGAGCCUUUGUGUUUUAAUGUGGGAUUUUCCCCCUUUUUACCUCAUUUUUGAUGUGGUAUUGCACCAUCUUUGUGUGAUCUAGAUCUUUACAGACUCUCAUACUCAAGCGUAACAGUUAUUAGUUGUAUUUGGAGCAAAAAUGGCCACUAAAUGGGUCUCAAUGCAGAUGCGCUAGCUUGUGAGAAACGUCACGACCCCUCAGCGGCGCCGAAUCGUUUGUUUGCUCAAAGUGACAGCAGAGUGGAGUUAUUCACAUGUCUGUCUGGUGAUCCCAGUAUGGUGCAGCAGACAUCAUAUUCCAACACAGAAGGCCUGGCUUUGUUUACCUCUGCAGCCGAAUGGCACAAUAAUCCAGCCUGCACAUUUGUCGCAAAUUUGCAGUUGCCUGAACGUACACCUUGGCGCCUGGCCUGCUCGCUUUUGCUGUUUCUUAGUUUCCGCUUCUUGCAAGCGGACCAGAACGUACUGGCAGAACAAGGUUGGCAGAAAAUAGGCUGAGUGUUGUAGCUGAAACCCUGUGAAGUACUUUAGACUGUGAAGCACCUGCCGUCCUGCAGAGAUGUACCCGGAUAAAGAGAAGCUUCUGGUUUUUUUUUUUCUUUUUUUUUUUUCUGACUAAAUUUGAGCAAAUGUGUGUUAUCAUCACAGCCGAAUGCCCUCUCUUUUUACGUACUGUUUGUCCACAUUCCUUUCCCAGUACUGUGUUGGGUUGUGUACUUAAUCAAGAGUAAUGUCCCCCUCCCCCAUUUCUCCCUCCCUCCCUCUCUCUUUCUCUGUUUGCAGUUGUUUCAGUGGAAGCAGUUGGAGAAUUUGUAUUUCCGUGAGAAGAAAUUUGCAGUGGAAGUGAAUGACCCGCACAGGUCAGAGCAGGCUAAAUCACUCCCUUUUUCUCCUUAUAGUAGGUUCAUUACCUGUUAGUCAUGUGUUCCCAUGUUAGUCAGGCUUCCCUCUUGUGCACCUUACACACCGUGAAGGCCAUCUGCUCCUUCAUAACUGUCAGCUUAUCUUAUCUUAACCCAUCUUCUAAAUGUCACAGUGUUGUCCUUGUUUAUGUAUCAUCAGUGGUUUGGUUCUGGGUGAUGCUUUGGACCAGAUAACCCUCUAAAAAGCAGCACAAGCACUGAAUGUUUGUCUUUUAUCUCUUAAAAGAAAAACAGUGACCAAGCGAACUUUCGGACAGACUGGUCUGGUUAUUCACACGUGGUAUGCAAGCCACUCUCUGAUUAAAACCAUCUGGGUGAUGGCCAUCAGUCAACACCAGUUCUACCUGGACAGGAAGCAAAGCAAAGUGAGUGUCUGUUUUCUUUUCACGCAUUCAGUCAACUUUGUUCACUUUUCCCUGCUUCAGGUUUAAUGAGAGCUGCUCCUGGACUUGUUUGAUGGUUAUGCUCAAGCUUUACUCGGGUUACUCCUCUGUAGCCGACACACCUUAGGUUCAGUGUCAGGUGUUUGUUAAAGGGAGGCCGAUUAGUGAAAAGAUAUAAAUGCCGGACUUCUAGUAUUCAAGUUAUUGUUUGUCGUGCUGUGAGAAAAGGGAAAAGCUCUCAGACAGACACACACCAGACUUAUUUUAACUGCAGUUUGAAGGUAGACUGAAGCUCCACUUUUCAGAUUGUUGUUCAGCCUGCUGUAACAGUGACUGACAACCAUGUGAUACUUGCAUGAGCGCCAUCCCUUUGGUUUUUGACCUUUGUAAACAACUUUGCAGACAGAUAUCCCAGACCUUCAGUUUCUGUAUCCAUUGAUCAGUUCUAGGGCUGGGAGAUAUGGCCUCAAAUCAAUAUCACAAUAUAUUGAGCAGCUCACCUCGAUAACGAUAAAUGGACGAUAACUACUCCACAAGCUGCUCACCCCCUCCCACAUUAACUUUGUCAACUUCUGCCACCGCAUCAGCUGCUACAACUUUUGAACCGUCCUCCAUCUCCUCACCUGUCUUUACCUCUGACAUAGGACAGCAUCUUAAAGAGACAUGAGACCAUAGCCUACCUACACACAUCCAAAACCAACUUUUAUUUUUUUAUUUAUUUAUUUUGACACUAAAUAUAUUGAAAUGGGCAAAAUGACGUCGGUUAUUGGCGUAAAUUUCAGUAUCGGUAAAUUUUCAGUUUAUCGCCCAGCCCUACUCAGUUCUUUGUUGAUAAAGUUGUAGCACAAAUUCUCUGAUCAUAGUUAAACAUGCAGUCAUAGGUAGCUGAAUGUGCUCUGAGUUAAAGUUCUUCAACUAUUGCCUUAUAGUAGAUGAAUUAUCUUGGUAAGAAUAAGAAUAACUUUAUUUAUCCCUGAAGGGAAAUUCAAUGGUAGUAGUAGCUGAUGUGAGAGAAAUGCACAGUUCAAAUGGAGCCAUCUCUACUCUGGUGCGCUACAUCUCAAACAAAAUGCAUGGAUUGUAUUCAUUACUGCUUUUUUCCUGUUUGUCCAAUACCAAUAUUUUUUAUCCCCUCUCUCACCUUCAGUCAAAGAUGACCACAACCAGGAGUUCAGGUGACAUUGCUGUGGACCUCACAGAGAUCUGCGCCCCUCGGAUCAGUAAACUCUCCAGCAUUGAGAGCAGAGAUCAGCCCAUUAUGGCCAGUAACGGUAGCCUUAUUUCAGCCGGUAAGCAGGGAGCCAGUCAGCCUACAGCUUCUGUGCCACAUCAGAUCAAUGAAUAAUGUAAUGUUUUUUUGGAUACUAACUAAUCGGCCUUGUGUGUCUCCAGGUUCAGCAGACUCUGAAGCCAACGAAGAACAGAAGAAAGAGAAAAUUGCCGAGCUGAAAAAGAAAGAGAAGAACCUCCAAGACACUCUGACGCAGAAACUGGAGGAGCUGAAGAAAAUCUGCAUGAGAGAAGCUGUGAGUGACUUUCUUACUCUGUGAUUUUCAACUGUGGCUACAAAACAUCCGCACAGCUAACUUGUGGCUGUUUUUGCAGGAACUUACAGGCAAACUGCCCAAAGAGUACCCUUUGACGUCAGGUGAGAAGGCUCCGCAAGUAAGACGUCGUGUUGGGACAGCCUUUAAACUGGAUGACCUCUUCCCCUAUGAUGAGGUUGGUAUAGCCGGAGCCGUGUUUUGCUGUGGUGUCCUAUUUUAAUUCUGCCGUUGCCGUUAACAGUCUGUGUGUGUGCUCCUGCGUUUCGCACUGUAGGACCCAUAUCUGCGGAAUCUGGAGAGCAGGUUUGCCUUGCAACAGAAGAUUGUGGAAGCAGCACUUAAGUUGUCCAAUGAAGUUGACCUCUGCAAGACAGUGAAGAAGAAGAGGAGAAAUAACUGUCUGGAUGCCAUGAGGAAGCUGGAGGAGAUCGAGAAGGAGAUAAACAACUACAGAAUCAAGACCGGACAGAAGCCCACCCAAAGAGCCUCCCUGAUUUUAGCAGGUACAUGUCCAAAAAAACGAUCCAAACUGUGUGUCAGGUUGUUUAAAAAGUGGAUUAUUAACGCAGACCCCUUUUUUUUCCUGUUCCUUCACCAGAUGAGGCCAACCCUUCAGAGCUCAGCUCUCUAUCAGACAGCCUCACUCUGGAUGACGGUUAGUGCCCGGUCUUCACUCCCUCCUCCUUUCACUGCAUUUCCAAUCAUCUCCACUUUGUUCCUAAUAAAUUUUCUUUCCUCAGAUGAUGAGCUCCUUUCCCAGAGGCAACGGUCCAGAUCGGUUCAGUACUCCCCGAGACCACACCAUGCAGAAACUCUGGAUAUCCAUUAUAACCACGACAGACGGCCCUCUGCGAACGACCAGCAUGCAGACAGCAGGUAGACAGUUUCACCCACAAAAAAGAAGGCAUCAUCGAUGUCUUCUUAUUUGUGUGAGUUGUUUUUUAAGAGGCCCUGAGCACGGAGCUAGUGCAGACAUGCAGAGUAAAUCUAGAGCUACAUUCCUCCCAGUCACCUCCUCUUUUCGUUUCCUACUUCACCAGCAAUCUAUCUCUUAUCAGCUCAAUGCAUGGGCUUUAAAAAUAGAUGGAACAGAACAUGUAGCUGCCUGUGGAGAAGCAGACAACACUUCUAAACUAAGAGGGGAAAAAAAAGGAGAGUGACUCUGAAAGCUUUGUUUGGCUGUGCGUCAUGACUGUGUCAUGUGUUUUAAUGUUUAGUUACCCUUCGUCAAAUCAAACUCCUGAAACAAUCCUAAUUCCUAAUUCUAAAAAGAUAAAUGGAUUACAUAGUGGCAGCCUUUCAGAUGAAGUAUUGACUCAAGUCAGUCAUUCAAGCAUCAGCAGCAGGAAUCCUCCUUCAGACUUAGGAGCAAGUGCAGAGAGUGAAGGUGUCUAUCUGUUAUGAAAAGGUCUGCCCUGAGGAGGUCAACAUCUUGAAAACUGUUAUCUGUGUUCCAGAUUAAACUACAACCAAGUCCAUGAACCACUCCUCUCAAGUCACCGGGAAGCCUUAUCGAGCCGCACCAGCCUGUUUAAACAGGCUUCCAGGCAGCCACGUGAUGCCCGCAGCAUGCCCCCUACUCCCAUCCUCACCCGCAACGCCUACAGCAGCACCCAGCUCAGGUAGGUCCUCGAAUAGUGAACAUGAGUUUCUUUAUGUAUUUUUCUUUCUGUUCUUAAAGGGAUAUUCCGGUGUAAAAUUAAUUUAGGGUCAAACACACCAUAACACCGAGUUAGACCCCCCCCCUUGAGAGAUGAAUGUUGACGACCGCUUGCUUCUCUAGUGACGACUGCAUGAUAGCAAUACACAGCGGUCUCAGGAGACAUAAACAAACCUCAACCAAAAAGCCACUCUAUAGCCACAAAUAAUGCUCAGAACAGCACCUAACUUCAUCAACAGUACAUAUAGGGUCCCAGACAUAUCACCAGCACUAGAGAAGCAAGCGAUCGGCAACAUUCAUCUCUCAAGGGGGUGUCUAACUCUGUGUUAUGGUGUGUUUGACCCUGGAUUAAUUUUACGCUGGAAUAUCCCUGCUGAUGUGUCUGCUGAUGCUGGUGUUUGCACCAACAACCUCACUAGGCUAUUUUCUUCUUGUAGAUCAGAGGACGCUGUGCAGCAUUUUCGCCAGCGCAGUGGUAGCCUGGAGUCUCAGUCUCAGUUCCUGACCGAGGCUGAACCUCCCGUGCAAACAUUCGCCUUCUUCCAAGCUCGCCGCAGCAACAGCACCGAGAUCCUCGACGAUGGCUCCUCCUACACAAGCCAGUCCAGCGUGGAAUACUCAAUCCCCGGCAACCAAACUCACAGACGAAGAGCCCGCGGCCGACACAGAAAGGACGUGUACGCCAACACGGGCAGCAUGCCUAACCUAGCUCAGACGGACAACCCCUGCCACGCCUACCAGCCGCGAGCCCGACCCACCACAACGGCCUACUACGUAACGGGCUACCCCAGCUACACAGAACCGGACCCUUACUCUAACGGUGCCUACAUGUACGAGAAUGAGAUGGAGGGCCACUAUAAUGUCAACCCUUCCUACCAUACGACCUCAACAGCUUAUCACAGCUAUGGCAUGCAUAGUAGCUAUGGGAACGACGAGACGGAUGGCUUGUCAGAGAACUUAUACGCCACAUUGAGACCACCCAGGAAUCGCCCGGUGCCCCGCAGCAACGAGCAGGUCAGCAAGAACAUCCAGAAGGCUUUAGUGGCUGAACAUUUGAGAGGCUGGUACCAUCGUAACGCUGCACACAAGCAGGCGGCCUUCAGUUUUGACUAUGACCGAGGCUCCCAGCAGAGCCUGGGCUAUCAGACCUUGCCUGCACCCUACAGCCACAAUAGUAACAUCGCCUACUCAACAGGUGAGCUCCGUUUCUUGAAUUAUUACUUUGUGAUCUUGUCCUGUUUUGUUUUUUUCUCUGUGUAGGAAGAGCAUAUUCUAACUUGUACUAUUUUUUUCCCCAGUGUCCUCAGUGCCCUCGAGUGCAAACUGGCACAGCAAUAUGAGUGUCAGCGGUAUGUCGGAGUAUGACAUGCCUAUGCAUGCACCGCAGUCCUACUCUUACACUACAGCACCCCACAGCCACUCCACCCACAACAGGUGAGGGAAAAAAAAAACUUUGCCUUCUACUCAGCUCUUUAUCCAAUAAGUCACUCCCUGAUCCGCCUUACUCCCAGAGCUAAGCACUAUGUUUUAAUUACCUUUAAUGGGAGGCUACAGAAACAUGAGCCAUAUGGUUUGCUGUUCUACAAUAUCUUGUGUCUCUACAAAGCCAAUGUUACUGUUUCUUUAACCGUACACAUAACUUCUAACAGCGUACAGUGUCUAUCUGCCUCACAACAUCUUAGCUCAGUAGUAGGAUUAAAGGAUCUGUACAGCCAGCAGCCAAUUCUUCCUCAGAGCUUAAGACUAGUUGUGCUCCCUCCUUAACUGUCCACUGGCCCCUGCUUUCUUAUAGGUCUGGUGUCUCCCAGCUUUUUAAGGGCUUCUGGCACAACCCUGUUGGCCGGGAACACUGUGCCUUCCCACCUGCUAGUUCUUCCUCCUCCUCCUCCACCUCCUUCCCUCCUCAUUUCCCUCUUCCUCCUACUUCCCUGGCUCCCCAGUCAGGCAGGUGGCCUCCGGCUCUGCACAGGCAGACUCCUCCAGAGUCCACAGGCUCAAUAAGGUGUCCUUUGUGAAAGGUAGUCCAUAGUAAGUAAACGACAAACGCGAGAGCCUGUGCCUGUGCAGCUUUCAGUUUGCCUGCAUCGUGACUUUGUAGUCUGCUUGAUAGUGUUUUGAAGUGAGCCUGCGUUUUUUGGGGUGUUUUUUUGAAUGAUCCUUUUUUUUUGUCAUGUGACAGGUAACUGCAUGGCUUUAAAAAAGAAAAAACAUGCCCGCCUUGUUUGCUCGCCAAGCACACUGCCAUCUCCUGGUCAGAUUUCUCUGCAGCGGGCCUCGCUGCUCAGAAAUGUUUGUUUUGUUUUGGUGCUUUUGUUACCCUCCCUCUGACCAGGCAGAAGCUCCAUGAUACGUGCUUUCACUCACUUUUGACCUUUGCCCUCCUCUCGUAUGCAGAUGUACCCCAGAGUUUGAGCGGUGGAGCUCAGAUAGGAAGGCUUGCCCUGUGGGGUCGUUAGAGGAGUGUGAUCCUUUGUGUGAAAAUUAAUACCCCUCCCCCAAUAAUCAAUGUCACUGCACAGAAGAAAGGGUGAGGGAUGAGAAUGAAAACUUCCCCUCAAAGCUAUCUAUCAUGGUGAUGGUGAUGUGUGUGUUUUUAAACAUGAGUGAUCACAACUUCCAAUCAGUUUUGACGACCUCUCCUGAUUUUGUUUCUCUGGGUGUCUUGUGGUUGUGGGACAGCACUUGUGUGGCAGAGGAAUAAAAGUGACCCCUGUGUGAUGCAUUUGAAGGCUUUGUGUGAUGUGUAUGCAAAAUUUUUGUACUUUAACUGUUUUGUUUUGCUUGAGAAUGUGUGACCCUGGGUUGCCUUGACAACACACUCGAAACACACAGGCAUCUAAAAAGUUCAAUCCAUCUUGUUUUAGUUCAGCUCCCACCAUAGACUGUAUAUAGAAUGGACAGAGUCUGCCUCCUCGCUGGGUGAAGCAGCUCCGAGAACAACACCCUCUAGUGACGGGCUGCGGUAUAGGUCAUAAAUCCCGUCUCCUCCAGCAAUCCAUAUGGAGCUGUGGACAAACUUUAGAAAUUUAUUACACAGAAUAUAAUUUUUUUUCCCCCCUGCUUCCGAUGUUGACAUGUUGUUACAGUAAGACUGGUUUGUGCUCAAGUCUUCUUUUUUUCUAUACAGCUUCAUUUUUAAAAGUUAUUAGGGGGUUCAUGUUUUCUAUGAUUGACACUUGAUACAGCCUAUGGCCAUAUGAAGGUUGUGUAGCUCACCCUGGGGAUACGCAGUUUGAGCCGAGCGUCAUUACAGCGACUCUCUGCAACUGUCCUAUGCCUACAACGCUACUGCACAAUGUUGGUUUCAGGAAUUGAAGAAAAAACGCAGAAUUACCGAGAGCUUUUCAGCUUCAAAUCCAUUUACUGGCGGAAGACGGGACCAAGUUGUCCAUAGUAUAUACAGUCUAUGGCUCCCACCAAAAGAUGACACCCCUUUUUUCUGACAGGGUGUAAAGAGCUCAGGGUUAACCCAUUCAUGUUGAAGCAGUCUAAAGCAUAGUUCUGUUUGCCACCAGUCUAAUGGUUCAACUCUUGUGCUUUUACAGAUCCUACAUAGAUGUCAGCCAAACGGAAGGAGAUCUGCAACCAGAAGACCAAAUUUAUUGGCACGAAGACUCAAAGCCUGGAACAAUAGUGUAGCCGCCUGUCUGUUGUUGUGCUGUAUUUCUUUCUUUUACCUUGACAUGCUGUCAUUGUGCCUUAAACUGCACUUACCAGUUUUGUUUGUGUACAAGAGUAUCCAAAGAAUGAAGUUACUUCACCUCUAUGUGAAGUAGAUGAGGCGCUCUCAUUUUCUGUGCUCUUGAAUGCAAUUACCAAACAGUUUUUAAGGCAUGACAGAAACCCGCCGGAGUGUCGACAAGUGUGUAUCGUGUGUAUUUGGAUGAUGGUACUUGUGCACUUAAAACUGUUCAAGGACAUGCUGCGUACUGCUCCGUACCACCAAAGGGAAUAUGGACUCAGCUCAGCAGUCUUUCUCAGUGGAGAUACUGACAUCCGGAACCAGGAAUAUGACUGUCUUUGUAGGAGGAUAUUGAGCCGCCAUGAACAAGAAUACUGCUCUGCUUCCCCCACAUCUGAACGUGGUAAUCGUGGAAUGUGCAAAGAUUUCUAAAGACUUAAUUUAAAUGAAGGAUUAAACUCAUUCACCGAUGAGUUAAAAAAAGAGGGCUAUGACUGCCUGCAGUCACCGGAUCAAGUUUUAUUGUAGCACCGUUAGUUGCUACCACUGUGAUUUCUGUACUCAUGUGGGUCAUUUACAAAGUAUUCAACCUGUCUCACUGUCAGUACUUACCAUUGAGCCAAAUAUGUCCGCCACACCAUUUCCAGAGUUCUCCUGAAGUUAUGGCAGGAUUGUUUAAAAAAAUGGUUAUUUCAUCCAUGCUGGUGAUCAUGGACUGGUGCUCCCAAUUUCUCCCAAGGGAAUGAAGCUUUUUGUAAAUGAUGAUGUUGUAAAUACACUGGUUCUGUCUUUUAUAGAAGAUUUGUUUGUAUUUUAAAAGCAUGUAAUAUAUAGUUAACAAUUGCUGUUAAGCUGGUUCUUAGUAAUUUGUAUAAUUGGAUUAGUUUGGAAUAAAAAAUCAACGAUUGAAUCAGUAACUGAAAUGGAUGUCGUGUAAAUAAAAAGAAAAGCUAUCCAAACUUUACACCGAAAAUAAAAAAUGAAGGAAAAUA